AGAGCCACCCAGGCAAGCGCACAGUCACAUCAUAGCCGCGCGGACCCUAGCCUUGCGCGCGUCUCGGACUGCACCAUUUCGCCCGGGGGAGGCGGUGGGGGGGAGGAAUGCUGUGGAGCCGCCUGUGGAGACUCCUCGAAGCGCGCGGGAGGAGCUGACUGCUUCAGAAGGGAAGGAUCCCGCCAGCGCCCUUCUUCUCUGCCCCCUAGCCGGCUUUCUAGCUCCAAACAAGUGGCAGAGGAUUCGGUCGUGUCCACGCCCCAUUUCACUCUCCCCCCCCCCAUGCCGCAGUAGCCGGGUCCUUCCUCCACCCGCUCAGUCAGUGUAACAGUGUCUCCUGGACUGAGGUAGAGUUUGCAGCGGGCUCGGCUUCCGAGGAGGCGAGGCGAAGGGGCCAUGGCGGCCACCGAGAUAGCGCGCCAGGUGGUGAGUGCGCGGCGACUGGCGUGGAGGGCGCACCGCGCUCUGGACUGGGGUGGGCCUCCCUGAGCAUGGCUGACCGGCCGGCUAGCUGGCUAGCUUGCCUUCCCUGCGAAGCUGCCGCUAGAACUCCAGCUCUCGGGGACGGGCAAGGUUCGCGCGCGCUUCUUUGGCAAGGGAAGCCGCGGCUAGGUGGUGAUGCCGACGAUUGAGAGGGAAACGGGCCAGAGAGGAAAGAGGCAGCUUGGCUAAUGAAUGAAUGCUGGGUGGAUACCCGGAUGGCCACUUCAGGAAAGCGGGCGCGAGCUGCAUAUACACUCCCCAGCCCGAGAUAUUCCCAUGGUUCCGAAUUAAGAACUGGGCGUUAACACAGUGGGAUUCCGAAACCGUCUUUUCUUAAAUGAUCAGAGAUGUGAAUUCUUAAAUCUCGGUCUUAUUUUUACAAAUCGCUGUUACUGUCGGCGCAGAGGGAUGUGGAGCGGGCUGGUGAUAUAAGAGAAGCCGCUGGGGUGAUGCUCUUGGCGGUGACUUUCCCGUUAUAGGUUCGGGUGAUGGCGAAUGCGGGGAGGCUAUGGACUGCUGCUGCUGCUUUUUGUCUUUUUUUGCAGGCUGGAUUUUAUACGCGUGUGUGCGGGGGCGGGUGGGAAGACAGGAGGACAAGAGGAUGUUACUGGCUAAAGGUGAUGGGUUUUGGGGGUGUUUUUUGAGGGAGAGCCUUUGUAUUAAACAAAAGAGGGUUUGCUUGAUUGUGUGUGAUCUGACUGGCCGUGACGGGCCGGAUUUAUUGGGUAGCGUGUUGCAUAGGACGAAGGAAGCAGUGCUUUGCAGAUGACUGUCUUAAAGGCUUGGCCUGAUGAAACUGGGGAGAUGUGGGUUGAAUGAUGCGGUGGGUGUGACCUCUUCUUGCAUUAGCGUGGGAUAGUUGGGGGCAGAUUUUAACUAGGUUUGGGUUGCUCAGUUGUGGAGCCUUCUUCAUUUCUGGGCUACGCUAAACUGGAGCUGUGGUGCGUGUGUGCAUUUUGCAGACGAGGGGUUAUUUAUAUUUAUUUCUUUUGCAGGCUGUGGGGUUGUAACUGCCAGGGUUCACAGCAGGCACCUCCAUAAAUAAAGUGCUUUGGGUUUGAUCGUAAAUUGUUUCAUCUUCAAGCAGCUUAAUUUUAAUUGUGAUCAUUUUCCAUAAAGUGUUCAUUUCUCUUUCUGGCUCCAUUUAGAUUCCUAUAUAUUGGCUUUUUUCUUUUGGGUGCAUCACUCACAUCACAAUGCCUGGCAUCUCCCAAUAUGACAAAGAAUUUAUUAUUAUUUUUUAAUUGGAAGGGUGGGAGAUUUUUUCUCUGCACAAGCUCUAUAAUGUCCAGAGCUCACCUGCCCUUUUGUCUCUGCUGUGAUGAAAGGGAGCACAGAGGCACUCCUGAGGCAGGAGAUGGAGCCCUUUGCAAACCAAAUUAAUUGAACAUCUUUUGGCUUGUAGAUGGGUCUAAUUUGUUUGCAAUUCCUUGUUCAUUUUAACUAGGGAAAGGACCAUAGGAGCUCCUGGGAUUUCUAACCUGCCAGGAUGUUAGAAGAAGGAGCAUGCAGUGUAGUACAGCAAUUGGGGAUGGGGAUUCUCUGUCCCUCCAGAUAUUGGACUACAUCUCCCAUCAUCCCUCACUAUUGGCCAUCUUGGCUGGGGAUUAUUGGAGUUGGAGUCCAACAAUAGCUGGAUGGCUAGAGGUUCCACACCCCAUUUUAAAUGGAUUAUCUUUGUGUGCUAAAAGAAUGUGUUGUACUGCAUCAUGUUCUAGGGCUGGAAUGAAUCCAGUUUCACCAGUUUCAAAUAUUUAAAGAGAAGGGACCAUAAGUCAGUUAGUGAACAUUUGCCUUGUAUGCAGAAGGUCCCAGAUCUUAAUCUCUGGCAUCUCUAGUUAAAACAAAUAAUGGGGAGCAAGUGAAUGGAAGACGCCUAGUUGAGGUUCUAGAGGACUGCUGCCAGUCAGAGCAAGCAGUUUGGGGCUAGAUGGACAACUAGCUUGUAUUAGAUAGCUCCUUAUAGCCCUACAUUUCAUAAAUCUGACCUUCAGAGUGCAAUAUUUCAGUUUGUUCAGUUGGGUGGUAUCCACAAUUCGUUCCAAGUGUAUAUCACAGAGUGACAUAUAUUUGGCCUGGCAUGGUGAGAGUAGGGUCCAGAUCCCUGCUCGGAUCCAUGAAGCUCACUGUGAGGCCUUUGCAGGUCACUUGUAAUCUAUUCCCCCUCAAAAGAGCUCUGAAGACAAAAUGUGAUGACCUCAUUUAUGCUGCCCUAAUAAACAUCUUGACUGAGGUUUGGAAUGCCAGUGUGAUAAAAGUUAAAAAUAAAUGUGCUACACUACGCUUUGCCAACCUGGUGGCUCCCAGUUGUUUUGGGCUACAGCUGGCAGUCAGCGCCAGCCAACCUAGUGAACAUCACAGGAGGCUGCAGGAUCAGGUCAAUGGCCCAUCUGUCUAGUCCAGCAUCCUGUCCUCAUAGUGGAUUCUUUAACAACAACCACAACCACAACAACAACAACCACAACCACAACAAUGACAUUUCUGCCCUACUAUUCCUCCCAAAGAGCUCAAAGUAGUGGCAUGGAUGGUUCUCCUGUCCCUCUGUUUUACCUUCUCAAUAACCCUGUGAGGUAGGUUAGGCUGAGAGAUGGUGAUUGGCCCAAGGUCACCAAGUGAGCUUUAUGACUGAGUGGGGAUUUGAACCCUGGUUUCCCAAGUUCUAGCCCAAUACUCCAGCCACUAUACCACAUUGGCACAGGUGCAUGUGGGAAGCCCAAAUAUAGGACCUGGAUGUACAAGAUCACUCUCGUUCCUAUGGUUUCCAGCAACUGAAAGGCAGCACUAGGCAACCAGUGAGCUGCAUGUUGAGUCCUCCGAGGUAGACUAAUAGGAAUCAUAGAAUGGUAGAACUGGAAGGGACCGUGAGGAUUAUCUAGUCCUACCCCCUGCAAUGCAAGAAUCUCAACUAGAGCAUCUGUGACAGAUGGCCACCCAACCUCUGUUUAAAAACCUCUGAGGAACGAGAGCCCACCACCUUCUAAGGUGGGCCCUGGUUGUUCCACUUGUACCUUAUUUUAUUUAUUUGUUAAAAUUUUGUCCUACCUUUCCACCAAAUGCUCCCCAAGACAAUAAUAAAAACGCAAAAUAAAAUAAUAAGGAGCAAUAAGAUUCCAGGUGAAAACAGUAUAAGAAUAAGGCAGGUAAAACAGCACUAAAGUUAAUAAAAACAACCAUACAACAUGUCAGUUUAGGUAGUUAGCAGCAGGCUAGCCAGACACCCCUUGGCAAUGAGUUCUUGCACUCAUGCCCUCUUACAAGGAAGUUGCCUUAUAUCAGGUCAGAACAUUGUUCCAGAGAUCUCCAGAUUGUCUACUCUGACUGGUAGAUGGUUUUCCAGGAUUUCAGAGCAGGGACAUUCCCAGCUCUACCUGGAGAUGUCAGGGAUUGAACCUGAGACCUUCUGCAAGCGAAGCAGAUGCUCUGCCACUGAGCUGUGGACCUUCCCUUCAAAUGUGUGUCCGGUGUUGGCAGGACAGGAAGACGGGCUCUUCCCAAGGAUCUGGAAAAGCUUGUAUGAGAAAGUGCACUGUUUCAGACAACCUGUUCCAUGCUGUGCAAUGCUUUGUAGGUCAGAACCAGCAAAGAGAAUGAAAACAGACUGAUUGCCAGAGAAAAUUGUUGUGACAUUGUGUGUGUGUGUGUGUGUGUGUGUGUAAUGCUCCCUGUAAAGGCACUUAAGUGGAAGACCACAGUGAGAAGGCUUCUUGGGACUGCAGAAUAUGCUACUGCCAAUCCACAUGGCUAAUGCCUGGCAUCUGCCUGGCCUCAGUCAGAAGAGGUUGCUGGAUUAGAUGGGCCAUUUGCCUGACCCAGCAGGAGUCUUCUUAUGUUCUUAAGUUUAAGGCAGCUUCUUACCCAGGUUGCCUGAUUUCCAAAGCACCACCAACUAAUAUUUGCUUUUAAGUUCGUCUUUUUUUAAAAAUAAAAAUAAAAACAACAGCAAUUCAUCUGCUCAGCUGGUUUAAUUUUAAAAGAAAGCUGCAGUUUCUUUUAAAUUAACCUAGCUGCUAGCCUAGGGAAACGCAGCAAUCCCCACGUACUCAAGCCGUUCUGUCCACAGCCAUAACAAACGCAAGAUCCCCAGUCACCCUUCUGCCACAUGACAUGCAAAGGGCUGGCUCAAGACAUUUAGACACCCGAGGCAAACCACAAGAUGGGUGAGUGAAGAUCUACAUCGGGAACAAGGGGAGGAAGCAAAGCAACCUUACCCAACAGCUGAAGUGGGGAUCGGAGGCUGCCAUGGAGGGAAAAGGGACCCACUCUGAAUCAGGCCAGGUGGGUGCAGAGUCCAGGAAGCCCCCAGAGGGCAGUUUCUGCAAUUACUUCCUUGGGGGUGGGAGGAAACCAGAAUGCCUUCUGUUUGCCAAGAGACCAUAUACAGUAUUCAGGAGUGGGGGUGGGAAAUGCCAAGGUGGCGCCAGAUCCAGCCUCCAAAGAGCACACCACAGCUAUUGCUGUUACCAUGGUGGUGGCAGCAGGCAAUGCAUUCUUUGGGUGCUGGAUCUGCUGCCCAAGGCAGUUGCCUACCUGGCCUCAUGUAGACUGAGAGGCAGUGCAAGAAGAGCCCUAAAUCAGGGGUGGAGAAUGUUUUGGCUCUUCCCAGCUUACAUUAUUCCUGAUCACUGGCCAUGUUGGCUAGGGAUGAUGGGUGUUGGAGCCCAACAACAACAACAUCUGGAGGACCACAUGUUCCCUGCCCCUAUUCUAAAUCCAACACUGAUGCUCCAAAACAUAACUGAAGGAAGAUUAUUGAGGUAGGAAUAACCUGUUUUUCUUACAGCAAGACAUGGGAAUUAUUUGUGGAUGUUGCUCACUUGUACUCUAGAGUGUAUGUGUGUGUCACUCUGCCUAAGGAUAGAAGAGACUGGAGCCUAGUGUGGACACAGGAUCAUAGGAAACUACCUUAUCCCAAGUCAGAUCAUUGGUCCAUCUAGCUCAGUAUUCCUGGCACUGACAGGUCUACCCCACCCCUUCCAUGGGUCCCAGUGGUGUGAGUGGUGCUCCUUGCCUCUAGAGUGGGUGUGGGAAGGGGUUUAUUGGUUUGUUGUUGUUGAUGAUAAUACUUUUAUGAUUUAUACCCCGCCCAUGAUAUAAUUUUAUAAACAUCAAGCGUUAAAAACCUCCCAAUACAGGGCUGCCUUCAGAUGUCUUCUAAAAGUUGUGUAGUUCUUUAUCUGCUUGAUGUUGAAGGGAGGGGUUUCACGGGGAGGGCACCACUACCGAGGAGGCCCUCUGCCUGUUUCCCUGAAACAUCACUUCUCGCAGUGAGGCAACCACAGAAGACCCUCGGAGGAGGACCUCAGUCUCUGGGCUGAGCGAUGGGGGUGGAGAUGCUUCUUGAGGUAUACUGGGCUAAGGGCAUUUAGGGCUUUAAAGGUCAGACCAACACUUUAAACUGUAUUCAGAAACGUACUGGGAGCCAGUGAAGAUCCUUUAGGCAGCCACACGCAGUCACCAGUCUAGCUGUUUUUAUUAUGCAUUUUGUAUUUUAUGUUGUGAACCACCCUGAGAUCUACGGAUGAAGAGUGAUAUACAAAAUUUAAUAAUAACAAUAACAAUAAUAUUUAGGCAUUCACUUCUAUUGCCUUUCUGUGAUGCAUUCAGCCAGAAUUCAUCUUUUGUAGAUCCCUCUAUACAGGGGCUACUUCUUCCGCUGAGAUUGGCCUGCACUUAGAGCACUGAGGAAGUAUUUAAGAAGCUGAAUGUUUCAAGAUGUGGGAAAUGAAUGCUGUGGCCUUGGUGCAGUGCAACUGAACAUGAAGAAGGUUGGGGAGUGGGUUGCAUCUGAUGCAAUCUACCAUGUAGCGUGUAUGUACACAGUUGUCUCAUGGAGAAAUAGCACCGGUUGUGCCUGAGCAAGAGUUUGGUGGUUUGAUAGCCAUUAAGAACCUAAGAAGAACCUGCUGAAUCAGGCUAAUGAUCCAUCUAGUCUUGCAUCCUGUCCUCACAUUGGCUGGGCAGAUGACUAGAGGAAGCCUGAAAGCAGAACCUGAGUCCAACACCACUCUCCCCACCUGAAAUUACCCAGCAGAUGGCUUUCAGAGGCACAUUACCUCUGACAGUGGAGAUAGAACAUAGCCAUCCAUCAGGGAUAGUCGCCACUGACAGCCUUAUCCUCCCUGAAUUCAUCUAAUCCUUUUUCAAAGCCAUCCAACUUGGCGGCAAUCACUACUUCUGGGAAUGAAUUCAAGAGUUUAACUCUGCGCUGUGUGGCUAAGUACCUUCUUUUGUCUGGCUUGAAUAUUCUAGCAUUCAGUUUAGUAGCCCCUAGUUCCCAUAUUAAGAGAGAGGGAGAUAAACUGUUCUCUUAAUCUACUUUCAUUCCAUCACGCAUAAUUUUACACACCUGUGUCUUGUCUCCUCUUACUUGCAUUUCCUCUAAACUAAACUGAAUCUUAAUUUAUUGUCAUUAUUACACCCCUGACGUCUCCUUUUUCCCUAACACAAUGGAGAGUGCCUGGUAGAAUACACUGGUGGGAGAGGUGAGGAAGGCUGUUCUGGUUUCCAGUCGAACAGCAAGCAAAAUGAGCAGGGUUGUGACCCUCAUGUUUCUUGGCAGUCUGUCUUCUGAGCAGAUAUAUAAGGAAGGCCUUUCUAAAGAAACCUGAAUGUUUAAAAUCAUAACUGCGUUUUCUGUGUUGAGCGUGCAUAGGUCUAUUUAACAUGCAUUGUCAACCUGCCAUGGAUGGUAACAAGGCUUGGCUGAUGCUUCCAGGCAAAUGAGAGUUAGUGGGUUGUCUUAAUGUGUGUGGCUUUUUGACAAGCAAGAAAUGAAUUUACCACAAAUGGCGAAUGUCUUCAUUUUAGUGCAUGACUCACGCUGGCUGUCUUUUUUUUUUUUAAAUAAUAUUUUUAUUAAAGAUUUUAUUGGUUCACAAAAAUGUGCAUUGUCUUUUUUCAUGUUGUAGAGUCCUUUUUUUACUUUUGAUGCGAGACAUUAUACAGAAUAAGGUGAGGGAAGAAGAAAGAGGAGAGGGAGAGAGGAGAUUGGGGUGGUAAUAUUUAGUGUGUUUGUGGGGCUGUCCAGAUUUGGAUUGCUAGGGGUUCCAGGGCCAGGAUGAAUAGGAAGGGAGAUAGUGGGCACUCUUGUUUAGAACCUCUUUGUAUUGCUAUGGUAUUAGAGUCCAUACCAUUGAUCCUACAUUUUGCUUGGGAGUAAAUUUGUUUAAGGAUUUGUAGGAAGUUGGUUAAUACUGCUAAGAGGUAUUUCCAUUCUAAACAAUCAAAGGCUUUAAGGCAACCAUAAUGUGUGCCUCAACUCUUACCUUGACUAGUUUAUGUUUCAUGUGGUGGAAGCACCGCUAACCCAAACCCAAGACAGCCAGCGUCCAUCAGGAAAUUACUGAACCUGAUCAAACACUGCAAAAAACCAAAUUCCAACUGAUUAUUAUGUCCCUAGACCACUGAAAUGCCAUACAUCAGGUAUGGCCAAACUUGGCCCUCCAGCUGUUUUGGGACUACAACUCCCAUCAUCCCUAGCUAACAGGACCAGUGGUCAGGGAUGAUGGGAAUUGUAGUCCCAAAACAGCUGGAGGGCCAAGUUUGCUAUGCCUGGCCUAGGCCAAUGGAGGGGAACUUAGCUGCUCUCUGCAUGAUGUUGGACUAUGAAUCACAUCAUUCCUGACCAUCAGCCAUUGUGGCUGGGGGUGAUUGGAGUUGGAGUCCAACAAUAUCUGGAAGGCCUCAGGUACCCCCAUUCCUUCCUCUUCUUUUCAGUUUUGGGGGAGAUGACUUCUGCUUGACCUUAAUGCAUUAUUUACUGAGCUGUGCAGAAAUACUAGUUUCUAUGCAGUGCAAUAAUUUCUUAACACCUUUCCUAUUUGUGACAUUAUUUCUUGCAGUGCAAAGUAGGGGGGAAAGGUUGAUAUUGCUACCUUUUGCAGAAUUAUGGCCCUGAUCCUGCAACAAACCUGAUGGAUCUUUCCCAAGAAACACACACACACCUGGGAUGCGUGGGUGCACAAAGGAAAUAGUUUCCUCUACAAUCAAAAGUUUAUAUUUCAGAUUAUGGAAAAUUGGGGAUCUGGCCCUUUAAUACACAAUUUAAAAAGCAAUAGGCUUUCUUUAUGUGGUCCGGACCGUACAGAGUUUGCAAUGUGGGGGAAACAAUUUAGGAAGCUGUCUUAAGCCAAAUCAGACCAUUGGAGAAGAACUAUCACUCAGUAGAAGCCAUUUGCACUGUGUGCAUUUGUUCAGACCCUGGCAUCUUCAGGUGGGGCUGGAAGAGAACAUUGUCUGAAACCCGGAGACCUGCUGCCAGUCAGUGUAGAUAAUUCUGAGCUAUUUGGACCAGUGAUCAACCUCUGCAUAAGGCUGCUUCCUUUGUUCCUAUUGGCCCAUCUAGCUAAGUAAAUACUAAUUGGCAGCUGCUGUCCAGGUGUCCAGAUGGGAGUUUUUACCCUGCCUUACUUAGGGUGGGGUGUAUGGGGGGUGUUAGAGGAGGUGCACUCCAUUGCUUCUCAAAACAGACAGAUGCCAACACCAACAACUUAGAGAUGCAAAGGAUUGAACCUGGGACCUUAUGCCUGCAAAGUGUAUUGCUCUUCCACUGAAUUAAGGUUCUUUCAUGGGAUAGAGGUUGGCAAGAGAAAUGGGUCAAGGUAGUGCUGCAGCUGUUGUUUAUGAGAAGGGGUGAUGUUAUGCUAGUCCUGCCUGUUUAGAGAUUGCAAUUGCUGCUUGCUUCUGACAUGAUGGAAUUGUGACAUGCAAAGUCACCAGAGCAAGAGCGGCUGAAAAACAGUCUCCUGCCCAUUCAGGAAGAACCCCACCCAGCUGUGCAAUGGUUUACAGUCAUGUCCUUCUGCUACGGGGGACUCUGGGGACUCUGUGCCAUCCUAGCCUUUGCAUGCUUCCCUGCCCUUCUCGUGAACUCCAGCUCCUCCUUGCAAGAGCUGGAAGGAAGUGCUUUCCCCCAUUUGUGUGAAUUUCUGCUGAAUUCUCCCUGUAAUAACAAAGUAGUGACUGGUAUCUUUUUAUCCUUCUCUUCCUGAUUGACUCAGUGAAGAAAAUUGAACUGCUAAAAUAUCCAGAUAGUUUGUCGUUACUGUCGUUUCUAGUCAAAAAGCAGUCAGAAACUGUGAAUUCAGGUUGGCCAAAGAGCUCAGUGCAUUUUGAAACUACACGUAAUGUCUUCUGCCUUAUACAGUCAUACCUCAGGUUAAAGUUGCUUCAGGUUGAGUGUUUUCAGGUUGCGUUCCGUGGCGACCCGGAAGUAACGGAAUGGAUUACCUCUGGGUUUCGCCGCUUGCGCAUGCGCAGACGCUCAAAAUGACAUCACACGCAUGUGCAGAAGUGGUGAAUCGCAACCUGCGCACGUGCAGACGGGGGUUGCGUUCUGCUCAGGAUGCGAACGGGGCUCCAGAACGGAUACUGUUCGCAUCCAGAGGUACCACUGUACACAGUUUACUGGCUUUACUAACAUGCGAGAGAGAAAGAGAGAGAGAGAGAGAGAGAGAAAUUUAGAGCUCCUCCUCCUGCAAGUUUGCAAUGUGUGUGCAAUAGCAGCAAAGCAAAAUGACACAUGCAUAUUCCAACAAGGAUCCCUGCCAUUGCAUAAUUGGCAUUUCCCCUUUCUGCAGAUCAAGAGGCAGUCAAGAAAUGUAUUUGAAGACUGACCACAUUCUGAACCAAGAGCAGAAUCACACAUACAUGCCCAUGGGAGGGGAGUUUUGCAUUUGCUAAUUUCCCAAGGCUCUUGCAGCUACCCAUCUUGUAACAUCUAGGCUGUUUCAUUUCUGGAAUUUGCAGCACUCUGUUUUUGGAAGAGUCCCCAUUAGUGCAAGCCUAUUUCAAAAGCCUAUUAACAGCAGCUUAGUUCUACCAGGAAGUCUCACCCCUGAGAGCCUGUUUGAGGAUGUUGGGGGCAGACAGCAGGGGUUGGAGGGUUGCCUUCAGGCUUUUGUGGGCUUUCAGGAAGCAGCUGGCUGGCCACCUCUGGAAACAGGAUGCUGUCCUAGAAUGGGCUUUUGGUGUGAUCCAGCAGGUCUCUUCCUAUGUUCCUCCUCUAGUCCUAGAGGUAGAGCCAAGAGGAGGCUGGAGUGACGCACAGCAUCCUGAACGUCUGGUUCUCAGCUGAAAGCUGCAGCUUGCAUAGCAAGAGGAACACAGUGUUGAUGGGGGAGCUGCCUUGUUCUGCCCUCAGAAAUCUCUAGGGUAGAGUUUCGGAAACUUGAGUCUCUAGCUGUUUUGGACUGCAAUUCACAUCAUCCUUGACCACUGGUCCUGCUAGCCAUGGAUGAUGGGAGCUGUAGUUGAAAACAGUUGAAAGACCCAAGUUUGGGAAAACCUGCUUUAGGGAAGCUCUGCUGGCCAGAUGUUGGUUACCAUAUACAUGGUGGCAUUUAUUGGUCACCCUAAAUCACCCCUGCUUUGUGCUUUAAACAAGUGACUCUUGAAGAUGCUGCAUUUCUGUAUGGUGUGGCAAGGGCAAAGCCCAGGUUGCUGGUGCUGCUCUAAAGAUCGAAAACACAAUGAGGUUAUUAGCUUCCUCAGCAGGAGCAUCUAUAAUUGGACUGCUGUAAUUGGAUGUAUUUUCCAGUAAGUGCAUCUUGCAAUGCACCUCCUGGAAAGGAACGGAAGCAACAUGGACUCAUUUUACCUAUUUUUUCAGUUGUUUAAAAUGCUAAGCAUCCUGUUCUGCAUUCAAGGAGCAAGAAUGGCAAGGGAUUAGAGGGUGGGUGUGCUUGCUUCCAAAGAAGAUCCCCCACCUUAGUUACCUCUGCAGCACCCCCAAGGUGUGACAGUUUGCUGCUGCAUCUUGCAGCAAGUAUGCUGUGCAGUUCAGUACUUCUAAAGUCAUCUGUGAUUUUGAAAACUAACAGAAAUUUCAAUGUAGCAAGUUCAGUGUAGAUGAAAUGACAGCAAAUGACUGUAGUGAAAAGAAUGUCCUCUUGAUAGAUGGUUCAGUCAGACUUUUUUUUUUUAAGGGUUGCACCUGCAUUGCUUUUAUGUUUUGUGGAUAAAGUACAGAGAGGAGCUGCAACAGGAGAAUUAGACACCUGCUUACUCUUUUGCAACAAAUGGCUUACAGCAUAAACAUUUCUGAAAUGCUCAUUUGACCCACUAUUGAAAAAUGUAAUUGAUGCGACUCCCUUCAUGUUGCUAUUUUUCUUGCUUUCUCUUUUCCUUACCCAAUAAAUGGGAAGAUUGAUCUGAUUACCACACCUGACUGAUUCUUCUCAUUCCUUUUCUCAGUUCUGUUUGUUUAACGCCCCCCCCCCCAAAAAAAACAACUUUAUAUAGUUUGGUCUACAGCUAUUUGCUUUAUAUAAAGACAUACUUUUUGAAGGAUUGCAGCUUGGGGCAAGUAGCUUUGUAAGGCCUUGGGAGGAGAACCUUUGCAUGAGCAGAAAUGCAUUUCUCUACGAAAUAUGUGACUCUGUGGCAGGGCAUUUUGGAAUGUGUAAUGAUACCAUACUUGGUGAGGAUGUUGGCAAGAGAGAAGCUAUCAAAAUGCACGCAGUGGGGCAGAUGGAGAAGCACAUGUAUUCAGCACCUGAGGCAUAAAGGGCCCCUCUGGAUUGGUGGUUUGUGUGUGGGUAGAUUCUGCAACAUGCCUUUGAUACAGUAAUAGCUCGUUAGUGGUGGAUUUAUACUGGUCGGUCUGCAUGUCAUUCCACUUUGUUGUUCUGUGAUGCAUCUCCAGCAUUACUGCAUUAAUGCAGUCUAGAAGGGUGCUUUUGAACUGGACCAGAAAGUGGUUGGCAGCCAGAGCAGUUGGGCCAGGAUUGGUUUUCAAUGCUCAAGCCGUCUUGCCCCGGUGAGCUACCAAGCCACCAAAUUCUGCACCAGAAGGAUAGAAAAUAUUGGGCUGGAUGGACUAAUAGUAUAAUGAAUAGCUUAAGAAAUAUACUACAUACUAUAUUACUAGUAUAAGGAAUCAUCAUGUAUGUAGCUCAGGCAGAGCCAACAUGGUGCCCUACAUAUGCAGCUAGGUUUCGAUUCCCAUCAUCCCUGACCAUUGGGCAGGCUAGCAAUGGCAAAUGGGAGUUGUUGUCUAUAACUUCUGGAGGACACCAGUCUGGCUACCCAGUGUGGCUGAACACACAGCUUUUGUGUUGGUCUGUGCCUCUGGACUUGUCAUCAGAAUGUUGGGCUUUGCUCUUUGUCUUUGCCUAAAGGUCAGGAUUUUUGUUUUUGUUUUUUGGGAGCUGGCAGCCCAACAUUUAGGUACUGUUUCAAAGUGAGCAUGCCUCUGGAUAGAAGUUGCUAGUGUGUGGAUAUGUGGAUCUCAUUGUAGACUUCCAAAGAGGUAGAAUUCUGGACUAGAUAUUGUGUCUGAUCAAGCAGAACUGUUUUAAUGUUUCUUUUGUGCAGUAGGCAGUUCCCAUUUAAAAGUGUUCCAAAUGUUUGUUUUAAACUUCUGUCUGCACCUUUGCGCCUUUCCUGAAUCUGAGGCAGUUUACCAGGAUAUGUGUACACAAACAUACAUACAUACAUACAUACAUGCAUACAUACAUAGAGCCAUCUUUGUGAAUUCAUCUCUGGGUCCUCAGCUGUAGUGAUGUGGGGCGGAAGAAAGUAUGUUUCAUAAGUUAAUUAGUAAGGAUGAAUGGAUGCCAAUUGUAGAUACAAUAGGAAGCAAGCUUGGCAGUUUCAAAGUUGCAGUUAAUGUGGUUUUACCCACCCAAGAUGAUUGUCCCAUGUGUGCUUUAAUUUUUGCCUCAGAUAUUUCAGGUCAAAUACUUGUGGUAUAUUGCGACAGAAAAUGUUGUUGCUGUUGUUGUUGUUGUUGUUGUUGUUGUUGUUAAUCAUAUAUUUAUAUUUGUCAGUUACUUUAUACAAAAGUCUCAAGGCAACUUACAGUGGUACCUUGGGUUACAGACGCUUCAGGUUACAGACUCCGCUAACCCAGAAAUAGUACCUUGGGUUAAGAAUUUUGCUUCAGGAUGAGAACAGAAAUCGCGCGGUGGCGGCGCAGCGGCAGUGGGAGGCCCCAUUAGCUAAAGUGGUACCUCAGGUUAAGAGCUGUUGCAGGUUAAGAACGGACCUUGAGAACGAAUUAAGUUCUUAACCCGAGGUACCACUGUAAUAGACAACAAACAAAACCAGUUGAAAAUGAACGUGGAGUACUUCCCCCUCCCCCACUUUCAUUUACUAAAUUCAAAUAAGAUAAACGUGCUGAGAUGGAUCACUUAUGAGGGCAGAAUCUCUGGCCCACAGUCCUAGUUUGGUCUAAUUAGCCACUGGAUUUAGCCAAUGAGGCCAUUUUGGAUAAACUACAGCUGCCUGUGACUUUCAGUCACCUGACACCAGAGAUCUCCAGCAAAGUGCUGAGGUCCCACAGCGCUAAGAUCGUAGAUAUGCCCCUGCUUGCUCCUUGAUAGUAAAAGGGAGCAGCAGAAGCUUAUAUCUGAACUUAGCCCUGUGGGAUGUCACUGGAGUGCUAAGAUCAGACAUAAGUCUGUCUCUGUUAUGUGGCUUGAGGUUUGAUGUCAGAUGAUUUACAGGUGAGUGGCCCCAGCCACUUGUCAAAAAUGGCCCACAGAAGAUGGUCCAGUUCUGGAUGUGGUUCCCACUUGAUUCACUAGGGUAUCAGAAUGUUUUCAGAUGAAAGCUGAAUUGUUUCCAGUACUAUUACCCUGUGAAGAUUACCCUAAAUUCCCAUUCAAAAUUUCCAGUUCAAAAUUUUGCAGAAACCCCACAUUACUGUACUACUUUGCUGUCCACUACAGCUUUGGCCAAGCCACUUAGGGAAAUUCUGUCUUGCAGUGUUUUAUGUCUUGGAGCCUUAUUGUCCAAACUGAUCAAAUAGCCAUAUGAGCAGAGCUUCCAGAUGUUGCUCCUUUUUGGCUAGGCUUUCAAAUUGUGUCAUAAUGCAGUCACAGCUUCCAUUUUUAACUAUUGCUUCUGGACUCAGGAUGACUUUUUAGUUUAUUUUUUUCCUACUCCACCCUUCUUGCAUUUUAUAAGGAGAAAAAGUCCUUGGGUGUGCCUCUUCUUUUGAAUUGCCUUGUGUUUUAAAAUGCUAACAGUUAUAAAUGGUGUGUGCAUUGCUUGUGCUGUUGGAAACCCAAUUUUUAUGAGGUUAGCAGUCAGGGAUGCUAGCAGUCAAGAAAAAAAGAUUUGGAAAAGUAUGCAAAAAACCUGUUUUGAGAUUUGGAUGGCAAAACAAAGAAGUGGGGCUGUAUCUAAUGCUAGUCCUAGCAGACCCCCGAAUUUAAUGAACAUGACUAACUUGGGUUCGUUAAUUUCAGUGGGUGGCAUUCAACCAAGUUUUCCUCAGAGCAGACUCAUUGAAAUGGAUGGAACUUACUUAAGCCAUAGCCAUUCAUUUCAAUGGGCAUUCUCCAAGUAAUACUUCAUUGAAUGCCACCCAAUGGGUCUACUCUUGGACUAGCAUUGGAUAGAACCCAUGGUGUACUUUCUUUGGAAGGGAGAAUUUUCAAAAGGCCACCAGGAAUAGAACGUGGUGUUCUUUUAGAUCUAAUUUUAACAUGUCUUUCUUUCAAACUUCCUUAGGGCGAAGGCUGCCGUACUGUCCCUCUUUCUGGCCAUGUAGGAUUUGACAGCCUUCCUGACCAGCUGGUUAAUAAAUCGGUUAGCCAUGGUUUCUGUUUCAACAUCUUGUGUGUGGGUGAGUACAACACUUCUUCCCCCCUUUCCAUUUUUGGAAAAUUCUGUUGCUGAAUGAAGGUAAACUUGCCUAACAAAGUAAUCCUUUGACUUAUCCAGAACACACAUUAUGUGUUGUCAUCUGAUCCAGUUUUUAACAACAGAUAAACAAGGAUCACUGCCUCUUUGGGUGGUCUGAAGAUGAUGAGGUGGGAUGUGUUGUGUUUUGCUGGUACAAAUGAGCAGAAGCACAGAGGUUUACACUGAAAGCAUGUAGGAUUUGUUGACUUGGGAUGUGAUGUUCUUUGAUGGAAAAUCAUAUGGGUGGCUUGUUUUUAAGCCUGUUGUUGCUGGAAAGAGUAGACACACAGAAGUUCUUCCAACUGUAAUGCUGUUGCUGUGAGUUUGCUAGCUCCAAUGAUGUACAGUGGUACCUCGCAAGACGAAUGACUCGCAAGACUAAAAACUCGCAAGACGAAAGAGUUUUUUGUUUUUCGAGUUGCUUCGCAAGACGAAUUUCCCUAUGGGCUUGCUUCGCAAGACGAAAAAUGAAAACGUCUUGCAAGUUUGUUUCCUUUUCUUAAACCGUUAAUACCCAGGGUGCAUUGCUUGAAGAGGUGCAGUUGCGACUUGACUUCGAGGAGCAACUCAUAGCACACGGUGUGGUAGCCUUUUUUGAGGUUUUUGAAGACUUUGGUGAUUUUUGAAGCUUUUCCAAAACCGUGCUUCACAAGACGAAAAAUUCGCAAGACGAAAAAACUCGCAGAAUGAAUUAAUUUCGUCUUGCGAGGCACCACUGUACCUUCAUUUAAGUUUGAUUCGGGCAUUCCCCCCCCCCUCACAUGAUUAGUUAUCACAUGGAAGAGUGAGAACAAGGCUGUGUUAGAUGGUCUCCCUGUGUAACCAAAUUUUGCAUGACAGCUCCUGAGGAGCAGCUAGUCACCUGUGUUUUGGAUACAAUUGGGUGCUCUUUUAUAUCAAGGUGGCAGACUGAACCUUUCAGAGCCGUACCAAUUUUAAUCAAGUUUUGCAAGAUGGUUCCGGAGAUAAAGGAGAAGUUCUUUAUCUAUGUUGGGACACAAUUGGACACCAUUUUGAAUCAAGCUGGCAUUACGUUGUAUUCAGACAUGGAUUAAAAAAAACACUCUGCUUUUUGAUCUCUGGAACUGUGCAUUGGAUGAGUUCGUCUGCAGAGGGGAGCUUGCUCUGCAUGUGUUGCCUUCCUCUCUGAUCAGGGUUCCACAUCACAGCAGGAGCCUGAAGUUCACAGAGCAGGCUUUCUCUGCAGAUAUGCCACCUCUAGUUGAAACAGCAGAUGAAGAGAGAGAGAACUGAUUCUGGACUGCACAACAUCAGUUAUUGGAUGGGAAGUUGCACAACUGAAAACCCUAGUUGAAAUGGGUCUAAAUGAUCUGUUUCUGACUAUGCACCUUCUUGAGCAGCUUGACAAAAAAAGGGAGAUGUUGGCGACUGGGCUUUAGUCGUUUACCACUUCUGGGUUCAGGGAGGACCCCUUAAGCAGCAGGUAGAUCGCAGCAUCCUUGUGGCCAUGGGGGAAACUCCCCUCUUUCUGCUCCUAAUUAAAUAUCUCCCGCCUGCUUUUUUCCUGAUCGAAACUGCCACCAACUGACAGCUGCUGUUAGCCCUGCUGAGGGAAAUACUACAGAUCCUUGUAUUAUGCCUAUAUUCCUCCCUACAGAAGAGCUUUCAGCAGCUUUGAGGGAUUCGAAUUUACAUUCGUAAAACAGCAUUUUUGGGGGGAGGGUAGUUAAAUACCUCCUUCUGCUCUGAUGAAAACUGAAGCUGCUUUAAAGUAAAACAAGUUAGGAGAGCUGAUAAUGGAUCUUCUGCACCGUGUUUGCUGUAACACAUUUAUUUUGUGUGUGUGUAUUUCUGGGAUGGGGUGUUGUGCAUAAACCCUGCACGUUGAAAGGUUGAGCUCGACUUGCUGAUUGCCUUUGUAGGAAGCUGCCGAGUUGCUAUAUGUAACUAGGUGACACGCUCUCUUGACGGUGCUCUAGUUUCAAGGUAAUGCUAAUAGACAAUGGCAGGUGUGCUAGAAGGAAAAUUCCAUAGUUCGGGAAGCAGUGCUGUUGUGGUACAUUUUGAAGUUGGGGAGCAGCUCAAGACAGUCCCCCUCCACCAACCAUGCCGCUACCCCAAGGAGAGUCCAAAAACACAGGCAGCUGUAUUGAUCCAUACAAGACCAGUCCAAUACAUUUUGGCACUUGAGGCAAACCACAAAAUGGUGCCUCUCGCCAGGGAAUAAGGGGUGAGUGAAGUUCUACAAGGGGGUGGGGGCAGGAAUAAUUAUCUAACAUUGGGAACAAGGGUGGGAGGAGACCAGCAGUGCCUCCUAUUCGCCAAGAGACAUGGUAGAAGUCGCAUGGGGGGCGGGCAGAUCCAACCUCCAAGGAGUAUGUUGCAGCCACCAGUGGCAUCACAGCAGCAGCAGCAGCAGCAGCAGCAGCAGCAGCAGCAGCAGCAGCAGGUGAUGCAUUCCUUGGAAGCCAAAUCUACUAUCCCUGUGGAUCCUGUUUAAAGCAUUGCCCCCCCCCCGAACACCCUCUUUUCUGUUUUAAGGCUCCUCUCUCUUUUUUAAAAAAAAAGAUUGCCCUUCUUUAAAAUCAACAAUAAGCUCAGUUAGAAAGAAAAAUAAUAAUUGUAAGUACCCACUGUUAGGGAGUCAAACAAUAAGUGGGUUUUUUUUAAUAGAAAGGAAGACAUUCUAGAGAAUAGAUUUGAGCUGAUUCCAGUACUCAUUGGGUAACAUGCCCUGCAGUGUUGGGGCCACAGCUAGAAAGGCCCCACUUCAGCCAUUCAAUUUGUCAUGGCCUCUUCUGAUAAUAUCAGUGGACAUGAGGGCUGACAUUGAGAGAAGCCUUCCCUUCCCUAAGGUAUUAAUGGACUCAGAUGACGCAAGGCUUUCAAACUAGAAGCAGGACUUUGAGCUAGAAAUCUGCCUGUGAACAUGGCUUUUGUGGCUUCUCCUCUGCCAGGAAGUGAGCUGCUAUUUCCGCACCAACUGUAGCUUCUGAACCACACAGAACACAUUGCAGUAGAUGGCCUUUGAGGAUGCAUGCUUGCAGGCACGGAGCCCUUUGAUCUAGGAGAGGCUGCAGUUUCCAAACCAAAUUGUUCAAAUGCUUCUUGCUGCAGCUGCUGCCAGACCUUCUAGAUCGGGGAUGGUGAACCUUGGGGUGGGGAAGAUGAUAGAUGCUGCUGGACACUAACUCCCAUCAGCUCUAGCCAGCAUGGCCAGUGGUCAGACACCUGAUGCCAUAUGACAUUAGGAGCAGAGAUCUCCAAUCAAAGCACUGAGGUCCCACAGCACUAAGAUCAAAAAGAUCUCCUUGAUUGCUCCUUGAGAGUGAAAGGGAGCUUCAGAUUUAUACUCCCAACAAUAUCUGAAGGGCCACAGGUGCCCCUAUCCCUGUUCUAAACUCAGCAGCUGGACGCCAGUAGCAUGCCUAAUCCUGAUUAGCUAAGGGGCAUGAAUUGACACCAUUAAUGUUUUCAGGGAAGUCCUAGAACACUUACUUUACAUGCAGGUCCCAGGUUCAGCCCCUUGCAUAUUGAGAUAGGACUGGGAAGGUCUCCUGCCUGUAACGUUGGAGAGACACUGCCUGUCAGUCAGGAUGUAUUGAGCUUGAUAGACCAAUUGCCUGACUUAGUAUAGAGCACUUUCCUGGGCUCAUUCCAGUUCUCUCUCUUGACUGCUGGAGAACAGUGCAGCACAAUCUCUGUCAGCUUUGGGAGUUGAAAGUUGCCUUGCGCUGAGUCAAACCACCCAGCUUGCUGUUGUCUGCACUGCCUGACAACCGGCUUUCUAAGGUUUCAGACAAGGUUUUCCCCAGCCCUACCUGAAGGUGUUGGGGUUUAAGCUUGGGACCUUCUGCAUUCAAAGCAGGUGCUCUACUACUGAGCUACUGCCCUUCACUGAUACUUUUCAGAUCCUUCUUCAGAACCUGUUAUGGUCAAGCAGUUGUUGAAAUUUAGUUGAUUAUUGAUAGCUUCCACUAUGAAAGCAAGCAAUGUAUAGUGAAGCUAUUGAAAGUGGUACGAAAAAAGCAUUUAAGCAAGCUUUAUUUUUGGAAGCCGCAAGUCACCUUUGAUGGAAAUUGGAGAAACAUAAAUUCUUUCUCUUCUGCAUUUCCCCCCUCCCUUCUGAACCCCAUUGGAUGCAAGCCUGCUCUUUUGAUUACAUUUUGUUCCAACUACAUUACAAACAAAAGUCUUUGAAAUCAUAUCAGAGAGCUUAAAGUAGCUGCUUUCUAGAUUUCGUAGCAGAAAAAUAUUUCUGUACUUGAUAGGAAAUGCAGAAAAUGUAGAGCUCGGCGGAAAGCAGAGUGUUCUCUGAGGCUCAGUGCAUUAAUAAAAAAAGGUUAGGCAUUGCCUCUGAACACUUUACUUCUGUUUAGAUAUUGGUUGCCAACCUGGCUGUGAUACUAUGACUUGUAGAAGGUUUGCAAACUAAGAUUGGGGGUUAAGUAUUUCAUCUGCACUGAACAUACCCUGGUUAAAUUGUUUGUUUGUUUAUUAAACGUAUUACUUGCUCUUUUUGCCAUGGCAGCUCAAAGCAACUUAUAGUAUUUUAAGCAAAAACAAACACAUUCAUACAUUAAAACCAUCAUUUUAGAAAAUCUAAAGUACAAUUUUAAAUAAAUUUAAAAACAACUACAUCCCACCCAUGCAAAAAGUCUAUAGGUAGUUAAAAGUCAAAGGCCUGAUGGAAGAGGAAUAUUUUUGCCUGCUGCCUAAAGAUAUGUAAUGAUGGUGCCAGGUGAGCAUACCUGGGGAGAGCAUUCCACAAGAAGGAUGCCAGUAUUGAUAGGGCUGGUUCUCUUGUUACCCUGCCUCUCCAUCCUUUCUGUUUAUAAGGUGACUGGUCUUGCUGGUGUUUUUCUGUACACAUCCUCCAGGGCAGGGCUUUGUUCAGUGAACUAAACCUCGGUUUUAUUGUCCAUUUGUGAUCCUUACCAGGGUUAAAGCAACAAGCUACGGUUAGCACUAACCAAGGUUCAGCAUUCCAGGUCAUAUGGCACCAGUAAUACAGUUUUGGUAAACGAGACUCGCUGCCUUCCUGUUGAGUGAAUUAUGCACAUAAAGAUUUGACUGCCUUGUGCAGUUUUUAAUGUGCUGUCUGCCCUGUUUAGUUGGAAAGAAAUCUGAAGGGAGUUGACAGCUGCGCUUCAGCUAUUACCUUCGGUGGACAGGAGAGCAACCCACUUUCCCAUUAGCCUGGAAUUCUGUUACAGGCUAACAGUGGUGUCCCCCCAGGGGAUUUAGUAAAUACAAGGUUGUCCAUUCUGAUACUUCGUUUUAAAAACCAGUGAGGACCUGUCAUGGCACUCAAAGCACUAACCUGAUCUUACGAGUCGUUUAUAAGCAGGAGGAAACCACAUACCUCAGCGUAUUACUAAUAUGAAUACCUUAGCAUUUAUUUGGCGCUAAAGUGUUGAAAAGCACUUUGCAUAGUUAAGCCUUACUGCUGCAGCCCUGAUAUGUUGGGCAAUGUUUAUUAUACCUAUAUUGCAAAAGGGAGACUGGGUCAGGGAGAGCGAUGGAGGGUGGCCUAAGGCCGUGUAAUGACUCUUUUUGAAAGCUCUUGUGGUGUCGUAGUUAGAGUGCAAGGUUAAGACUGAUCAGAGUUCAAAUUCCAACUCUGCCAUGAAUAUAACAUUGGGACAGACCAUCUCUCUCAGCCUAACCAAUCUCUACAGACUUGUUGUACACCAAAGGGGGCAGCAAUGAAUGCCACUUUGAACUCUUACCAUGGCUGCAUUAGACUUUGUGUUCUUUAAAAACUGAAUUUUUGUACAGGCCACUUUACCAAAUUGCUUUUGUUUCAAUGAUAUAUAUGAUGAUGUGUGACCUCAGUUAAUGGAUGUAUUCAGUCUUUACCCAACUUGGCUACUCCAGAUCAUGCCAAUGGGGUAGUUAGAUGCUUUUUUUCUGUAUAAAAAUGUUUUAAGAAUGCAGGAAUUAGAUGCUUUCUGCUUGAUCAUCAGGAACUCAUGGUCUGAUACACACAUACAGAGCUCUGUCCCUCUUCUUUUAAAAGUUGGGUCUGGCAAAGACUUCCUAGCCUUGGCAAGCUGUGAAAGAUUGCAUGUUCAAAACUCGAUGACCUCUCUGUCAGGAAGCGCUGCCUGGGCACAGCUCCAGGAUGGAAUCUCAUUGAGAGUUGAGAUUGGGCUGUAAUGUCCCAUUCCAGGAAACUCUUGAAUUCAAAAGCAAUAAAUCCAUACACUUUCCUCCCAGAGAUGUGAUGCAGUUUGCACCUCCUUCUGAUGAGGGCCCAUUCUUUUGGGUUCUGUUCCAGGAAAUCCGUAGCUCAUUAAAUAUCCGUUACUGUUUCUUGGCAAUAACCCUGGUAGGGCAGUAGCACCCAAUAUCUUUAUUAGAGCUGGCUGAAAAAAAAGCAAAAUAUAGAGAAUUGGUUUGUGAAUUCCAGAAACUCUUCCUCAUGCUCAAUUGUUAAAAAGAAAGAAAAGGAAGUGACAGGGUGGAGUUCUGGGUGGGAAGGCUGGUAGCAGAUGAGAUGGAAGCCCAGACUGCAGUCUAUUUCAGUCUUAAAAUGGCAUUUAGUGAAGCUCUUUGCAGACAAAUUAGCUCAGAUUGUGCCCCACUGCUUUAGUUGCACCAAGGACAAAGAAGCAUUGGUUCCUAUAGUGUAGCAGUCUGGGGUUGCAGGGGGCCGAAGACUCGUUACUAUUUCUGAAGCGGGUUCCCUGUGUACAGUGUCCUAGAGUCACCCAAACAGUGGAAAAGGGGAGCUUUUUAGCCACUGUAUGGUCCAGGGCUAAGCAUUUAAGAAUACUGAAAAUGCGAGGUGCUUUAGUUUCAUGAGAAUAGUGUGCAGGAAGACACAAGGUAUUGGCGGCUUUCUCCUGCCUUCUGUACCAUUUUCCUGCUGCUCUUUGCCCUGCAGGUAUAAUUCGCUGCAGUUGGCGCCAUUUAAGUGUGGUUAGUUUUGGGGAGAGGAAUUUCAGCAUGAAAACGGCACAGGGGUGUAGUCAAAUCCCGCCCCACAUACUACGGUUCCAGUCUGGGGCCAAGAAAAACAAACCAUCAACUUUCUCCAAUCUGGUGCCCUUUAGGAUAUUUUGGACCACAUCUCCUUUCAGCCUAGCCAGCCCAGCCAUAUGGUCCUGAAGCUGAUGGGAACUGUGAUCCAAACCAUCCCAAAGAGCAGCAGGUUGAGAAGACUGAUCUAGUCCAAGUGUCACACUGGAUGGUGGGAUAUUGUCUCUUUCCAUGUUUGCACAGAUGUAGUGCUUCAAUUCUUAGUGCUGUGAUCAUAACUUCAGGCACUUUAUGGAAUGUCCAUUUAUCUGUUUCGCUGAAAUGCUUUAUUUAUUUAUUUGAGGCUUUUCUAUAAGGCACAAUCAUUAGCAAUUCCAAGCAGUGCAUAGGAAUCAUGUUUUGCUUCAUUUCUUGUAGUUUAAAUGUUUGCUGUUUAUGCGUGUGUGUCCCCAACUCACACGAUGCCAGUUUUAAUUAAAACUGUUUUUAAUGGCCUUUAGUGUUGACAGGGGUGGUUUUUUUAGCACAGCGUGGGGUGUUCUCUUAAACAAUAAAAAUACUUAUUUAUAGCUAGAUAUAUCCAUGAAUUAAAUCUGGCCCAAAGAGACAAGGUUCACUAUAGUUGGUGGGAAAGUAUGUCUGAGCCAGCUGAUACUUUUCUUUAAAAGGCAGAAAGAGAUUCUAAUUUAGGCUUGGCAUAGUCAGGCACAUGGUAUCUCUCCUGAGACUGAUGGCAGGCAUCCAUGCCAUCUAUGCCGCUGUUGUGUUCCCAGCACUGUAAAGAGGCCUGAUAUGGGGUUAACCCGGGGCUUUAGCCCCAAAGCAUAUGCAGUCACGAGAAGGAUAGUGCCUUUGACCACACACAGAGUGCUCAUUGGUGAGGGGGUGGAAACUACAGCUAGCAUUUUCACAGACAUUAGGAAGAACAGCUUCCUGGGGAUGGUUUACACAUCCAUGUGCAAUGCUUGAUUACCGUUCAUUGGAUGGCUUUCAACUGAAUAUAUGAACUGAAGGGGUGACGUUUGAACUGGGUCCAGUCUCUUAGCCACUUACACAGUACCAGUGCUGGGUCAGUGGUCAGGUAAGCUGGUUAUUUGCAAGCCUGGAUUUGUAUCUGGAGGCCCUGCAUGUGUUUUAGAAAUUAAGUCUAGUCUUCCAUUCCAGAAAGUACCUCCCAUGUUGCUCCUCAUUAAAUGGUGGUACUUUGGUCUGGACUGAUCAUGUGCUGUGCGCCAUGAAAUAUUUACCUCUGAAAGUAAACAUAUUUUGAUAUGGGGGGGGGGGUAGGGGGCAGGCCUGUAAAGGUUUCCUUGACCCAGUGCAUUUUAAAUGCCCUGGCAGCACCCUUCUCCUUUUCUGCCAUGAUUACUUGGAGACUGCUUCAGCCUUGGUUGUAGUUAGAUAAUUAUGCCUCCAAAUGGACAAUAAUUGGCAGUCUCUGGUUCUUUAAUGCAAGGUGCUUUUACAGGGGGGGGGGGAAAUGCUUAGCUCAGAAAGGGAGCAGGAAAGCCACUUAAAUUGCUGGGUCAAUGUCCUGUCUCGCCCACAAUUGUUAUCGCUGACUGGGAAAUACAAUGACCUAGCAUUUGGGCAGAAAGCUUUCCUAUCCAUGUUCACAGAGAAAGAUGGUAGACAUCUUCCAUUGCAUUUUAUACAGCUACUACUCGCAAAUGCUGUCUUUACAGCCACGUUGCCUCAACACUGGGAGCAUGCAGUAUAUCUCAGAAUACUGGAUGCUGGACAGAAUACUGAAUAUUGGACAAAGAUGAGCUAGGGGUGGGACAGCCAAGUCUUUUAUGGCAGACCUAAAUUGAGAGGGCCCAUAGGUAGUGCCCAUUGGCUCCGCACUCUUGCUUUAGGUAGUAAGAGAGGAAAAUUUCGGUUAGAUGCUCACUUGCUUUGCCCUAGGAACUGCCAACGAGCUAGACUGUAGGGAUCUUUUAACAGAGAAUUAUCAGUGCCCCUUAUUGAAGGUAUAAUUCUCAGAAUGUGUUGUGUGAAGCCAUGGCCAUCAAAAGUAGUACAAAAACAAUGUAAGUUUUAUAGUUUCGAUAUUGUCCUGAGAAUCGUCCUCAACUACCAGAGGUAGUGGUGAGCCAGGUUCACCAUGGUGAACUGAAUGUGCCAUCAUGUGGUGAGCGCUGGUAAUUAUGUCAGGAUGAGCUCCACUUUUCAGUGGGGUGGCUCUUGUGUGGUAAAGAACUUGGUCCCAGUUCGUACAUGUGAUCAUGCUGCCAUGGCAAUCUAUGGAAGCGCCAUAUUGUAUGGGCCUUGCACAGGACACAUUGCUGCUUUCCUCACCAGGACCAUACCUCCUUUGGAGUAGCUCAGUGGACUAACUUGUGACUUGCAUCAGUGGUGGAAACCUAUGGCCUCAGGUCUACAUGAGUCCCGCAGCCUAGUUUCAGGAGGGUGGGGGAAACGGGUGGAAGGAAGUGUCAAGAGAGAAAGUGGUGUGGCAGAAAGUGAGAAAAGUGGAUGUCCUGUUUACUUUUAGUUCUGGCUCCAAGGCCUUCAGCCACACCACCCCCAUCAUCCAAUUAUCAGUGCCCCUUAUUGAAGGUAUAAUUCUCAGAAUGUGUUGCAUGAAGCCAUGGCCGUCAAAAGUGGUACCAACAAUGCAGGUUUUAUAGUUUCGAUAAUGUCCUGAGAAUCGUCCUCAACUACCUGAAGUAAUAGUGAGCCAGGUUCACCAUUCUUCAGUCACACCACCCCCAGCAUACAGCCCUCAACAGAUUUCCCCCCUUUGAGGGAAUGUGGCCUUUGACUGAAAAACAGUUCCUCAUCCUGCCCUACCUGAUACUAUCUAGGUUACCACGGCAACAUGACAUUUGGCUCCAAGGUAGUGAUUUCGAGGCAGUACUCACACUGCAGCGGUAACCCAGAACUAAAGGGGUUCACAACCAUGGGCAUCUGCAAUAAUUUUACCAAGGGGCAAGCAAAAUAAAUCACUGAAAGAAGGGGAGUGGGCUGGUUUAUCACACACAAGCAAAUGAGAAGAACAGGGUCUGAACGCUUUGCCUGUUAUCUCAGGUUAUACAAAUGCUAAAAACGUAUUGGUUUUUUUUUAAAAUGAAAGCUGGGAAUCUGGGAAUUCGCGCUCCUUAAAAAAAAAAAAAUCUGCCUGCUAAAAGUGGAUGGAUUUUUUUUUAAUGGACUAAAAGGCAUUUUCUCUUGUAAUGGCUUAGGUUUCCCUGCCUUCCCCCAUCCCCUGAGGGCAAAUGCUUUCCUGGUCUGUGAUGCAGGAAAUGUGUGUCAGUGCAUUAAUGUACUACUAAAAAGAAAGAAAGGCUGGAGACAGAUCAGCAGUGAGUUGUAACAUUGCUCUUGGUUGAUGUUGCUAGAGUUUGAUGGAGAGCCUUAUCCACACAUUUAGAUUGCUGCUACAAAUGAUGCUUAGAUACACCUUUGCAAAAUCCAAAUGCUUUUUUUAAAAAAGCACCUGAAAUGGAACUGCAGCUAGAUAAAAUAAAGGAUGAGAAAAUAUACAGCAAGACUUUUUUUUUUUUAAAAAAACCCAUACACUUGAAGUAUCACCUUUAAAUUAUCAGCUUUUCAAUUGGAUUGUUGUACUGCUCUAACUCUGACCAGCUGGCCCUCUCUCCCUUUUAUUACUAAUGUUUUAAUUAAAUUUUGAAUAUCAAGAGAAAUACUAAACAAGUUAUAUCCAUGUGAGAUGAAAUCGCUGUAAAGGAAGGCAUAAUGUUAAAAAAAAGAAGAUAUUUCACAUGUGUAGGCAGUGUUAAACAAUUACAUGCUGAGGAUAAUUUACCUCAGUACAGAGAAUGAUGACUGUCUAAAAAGACAGAUGAGCCGUUAGUGGGCGAAUAUCACACAUUAUAUAAAUGGGUGUCAUAUUACUUCAAUUGAAUCUUUCUUAGAGACAGUUGGCCCUUUCUCUUAUGGGUUUUAACUGGGCUGUGAAAAUAUUCUUGUCCUUCCAGGCAGAGUUACCGUAUUUUUCGCUCUAUUAAGACGCACCAGACCACAAGACGCACCUAGUUUUUGGAGGAGGAAAACAAGAAAAAAAAAUAUUCUGAAUCUCAGAAGCCAGAACAGCAAGAGGGAUCGCUGCGCAGUGAAAGCAGCAAUCCCUCUUGCUGUUCUGGCUUCUGGGAUAGCUGUGCAGCCUGCAUUUGCUCCAUAAGAUGCACACACAUUUCCCCUUACUUUUUAGGAAGGAAAAAGUGAGUCUUAUAGAGCACAAAAUACGGUUUCUGCCUGUAGGAUGGAUGGUCUUUGAGCCAUAGAUAAAACAACCAGUGAUUUACGACUCUGAAGAAGGCUCACCUGAGCUGAAACGUGCUGGACUAACAUAAUCAAAAAAAUCAUUUUUUCCAGAAUCUUUUAAAAUUAUGUAUACUGUCUUUUUAUGGUACUUUAUUUUUAUCUUUGUAUUUUUAGAAACAACCCUGAGCAAACUAUUCUAUUAUCUCCUACCCCUAGUCUGAAUUCUUUUGAAAAGUUGUGUGUGCUUCACUGUUUGAGAUGUUGGGGAUUUAUGCUUUCUGCCGCUUUCCAGUGGAUUUUAUGGGUCUUUGAUUUGUUUGAUGAUGAUUUUUAAUUGUUGUUUGUUAUUUGCUUUGAAUACAGACAAUGGGAAAGUAGGGUUCUAAAUACAUAAGACAAAAAUAAACAAUUUUCAUCGGCACUGUUCUGACUCUGUUGUGUAAUGUUCAACUUGCUUAACUAACUACAGGCCCAAAAUGAGGCAUUGUGUAUUUUUAAUGUCUUGUAAAACAUUUUGCUUCCCUCCCCCCUUCCCCAAAGGAGAAACAGGGCUUGGGAAAUCAACGUUGAUGGAUACCCUUUUCAAUACCAAGUUUGAAGGUGAGCCAGCCUCUCAUUCGCAGCCAGGAGUUCAGCUGAAAUCCAGUACUUACGAUCUCCAGGAAAGCAAUGUCCAUCUGAAACUGACCAUUGUUAGCACAGUUGGCUUUGGAGAUCAGAUUAACAAAGAGGACAGGUAAGCAAAAGUUUGUUCUUGAUUAAAUGGAAAUCAGGUCGUCCUCCCCCCCCCCAAUUUAUUGCUUGUCUAACAGUCAAUGAUUGUCAGCUCUGAAUAUAUGUUAGUAGCCAAUUGGGGGAAAGAUCUAGGAAUCUGUGUUAUAUCAGACAAGUUGGCUAGAUCAGGCUUCACCAACCUGGUUCUCUCCAGAUGUUUUGGGACUACAGCUCCCAUCAGCCCCAACCAGAAUGGGCGCCAGGUUAGUGAACACUGGGCUAAAUGAACCAGUCUCUGUGUUUGCAUGAUACAGCUUCAUGUCUAUGAACUGCCCCAAAGUCACCAACUUUUUCCAGCUUGCAAAAUACACAGUUGCGAUCUUCUUCCAUUAGGUUUUUUUGUGGUUCUACAUUGCUCAGAUGGAGCAGACCUUUAAAAGAGCCCCCUGGAUACAGAGUACACAUGUUCCACGAGUGGUAAUAGUAGUAUUAUGAGCAUGAUAGUUUCGUUUUGUUUUGUUUCGCUUCACUUUGCAAGUUGACCACCAUUGUAUUGUCUGAAUUGACUCUGUGGAGAUGUGUUUGCUCAUCGGAAUGGCCCUGGUAGACUCAAGGAUGGCUUUGAGGGGGAGACAUUGCUUUUCAUGAAAGGCUUUGUGGGAAGAAAUUAGGAAGAAACUUUUGCUUCUUUAAUGAUUGAAGCAUUGGACGAUUUCACUUAUUACAACAUGUUCCAUGUUUUCUCCCUCUUUCUUUCUUAUAAAGCUAUAAAUCUAUUGUGGAAUUCAUUGAUGCCCAGUUCGAAUCUUACCUGCAAGAGGAACUGAAGAUCAAGCGGGUGCUACAUAACUACCAUGACUCCCGCAUCCAUGCCUGCUUGUACUUCAUUGCCCCCACGGGCCACUCUUUGAAAUCCCUGGAUUUGGUAACAAUGAAGAAGCUCGAUAGCAAGGUAGGAGUCAGGUUGACACCCAGAGGGGAAAUGUCAUUGGUCGUUAUUCUCGUCUCAGCUCAACUACAAAUUGCUUCCUUCUCUUUCAAAUCUACCAUGUUGUUUCCUAUACUUUGGGGAUGGGCCAAAGCUCAGUGGCAGACCAGGUGCUCUGCAUGCUGAAGGUGUCAGGUUCAAUCCCUGCCAUCACCAGUUAAGAAAGAUCAGGCAGCAGGUAAAGCAAAUAUUGGCUCCCUACCUGAGACCUUAGCUACUUAUUUUCAGAGUGGACAUUAAUGGGCUAAGUGUAAGGUUGUUCAGUGCAAGGUUGUUUCAUAUGUUCAAUGAGGGCAACUUUAAACAUUCAAAGCCCCCCUCCCUCUUUUUGUUUCUUGGUUUCUCCACAGGUAAAUAUCAUUCCUAUUAUCGCCAAAUCCGAUGCCAUUUCCAAAAGCGAGCUGACGAAAUUCAAGAUUAAGAUCACAAGUGAGCUUGUCAGCAAUGGGGUGCAGAUCUAUCAGUUCCCUACAGAUGACGAGUCCGUGGCAGAGAUAAACGGGACUAUGAAUGUAAGGCAAUAAUGCCAGCUGCUAUAGUUUAUUCUGGGCAAAUUUCCUUCUGUCUCUUACGUUUGCAAAACAGGGGUAAAAAUACCAGCCUGCCAUUUUAUAGGGCUGUUGUUAUGAUUUUCUUGAUGAUGUACUCUAAGCACUUUGAAUGUUCAAAAGGCACAAUAUAAAUUCUGCCGUUGUUAUUUUUACAUAUAGAGUGUGGGGUGUAUUUUAUGAAAGUGCACCCAUAUUGUCUCAGCCAAGAGUGAUGUGAUAGUGAAAAACAAAUCUUUCAACAGCUGAAAUAACCUGGUGGGCAGAACAUUUUUCUUGACUGCAGUGUGAGAGAUUUGUUGGCUUUACUUUCAUAGGCACCAGCUGUAUUCUCAUGCAACAUUAAGCCCAAAAUUUAAGUACAUACCCUGGCAUAUUAAACCAGGAUUUGGGGCAUGUGUGAACAUGGCCAUUGCCUCACUCAGAUGAACCUUGGUGGAAUGAAGUGCAGGGAGUCCAGCGAAGUCCACAAGAUACAUUAGCUAAAAAGAACUUGCCCUGAAGCUGAGAGCAUAUCAGGGUUUUUUGCUAAGGUACUGCAUGGAAGAAGUGCUCCUUGUUCAUGGUUAAGCUUAUCCAAAACCACUUUGGCACCCUUUAAGCCAUAGGGACUAGCAGCUUGCUACCUUCUUACACAAAAAACCAAAACCACCCUGACAACACUAGAGGUCUGUAUAUCCUAUUCCAUAGAUAGUAUGUAGUCCACACAUAAGUAUAACCCCAGUGCAGGCUUUCCCCAAACUUGGGUCUCCAGCUGUUUUUGGACUGCAACUCCCACCAUCUCUAGCUAGUAGGACGGAUGAUGGGAAUUGUAGUCCAAAAAAAAGCUGGAAACCCAAGUUUCGGAAACCCUGAUCUGGCGAGAGGAGUGUUUGAACUGUGGCCUGACACAUCAACCACGAAACACGCUGAGUAGCACAUUGAUGACUUGGAUAUGCAUGUCUGAAAUAAGAAUUACAAGUCAGGGACCUGUGAAAAUUCACAUUCUUUUGGUAUUAGUGUGUCAGUUAGAAGCUGACACAUUCUCUCCUGCAUUUAGUUCUUCAAAUUAGCCCAUUUCACACUCCCCUCACAAUGCUUUUGGUUGGCAAAGGGCAGCCCCCCCCAGGGCAGCCCCCCCCCAAUUUACUGCUGGAGUGGGUGAGAGCUGGUGCCUGCAUGUCUCUCUCUGCUACCACUGAUUUUAGGAGACUUGAGAUUGCAGUUCUCAUCUGCAUACCAGUUGGAAGGGAGGGGCCUGAACCCAAUUCUUGUGGGGGGGCGGAGUUGCUCUUACCCCACCUGAGCUGCCCAAUUUAGCACCCUCCUAUUCUGUGCACAAGGGACACGUGUGGCGCUGUGGGUUAAACCACAGAGCCUAGGACUUGCCGAUCAGAAGGUCGGCGGUUUGAAUCCCCGCGACGGGGUGAGCUCCCGUUGCUUGGUCCCUGCUCCUGCCAACCUAGCAGUUCGAAAGCACCUCAAAGUGCAAGUAGAUAAAUAGGUACCGCUCUGGUGGGAAGGUAAACGGCGUUUCCGUGCGCUGCUCUGGUUCGCCAGAAGUGGCUUAAUCAUGCUGGCCACAUGACCCGGAAGCUGUACGCCGGCUCCCUCCGCCAAUAUAGCAAGAUGAGCGCCACAACCCCAGAGUCGGCCACAACUGGACCUAAUGGUCAGGGGGCCCUUUACCUUUAUUCUGUGCACAGACUUCCCGCUUUAUAAAUUGAUAUACAGGGAGUAGGUUGAGGGGAUGAAUGAGAAAAGUAUUAAGCGCUCUGCAGCCCUGCCCACAUGCAUUAUGCUGAGUCUCACCAAAAUAGCAUAGAAACAAUUUUUUAUUAUUAUAGCUAUGUGUAGCUGUAGUAUUAUUGUCACAGUUGCAUUCAGCAAGUGUGUAGCUAUGCACAAAACCCAGCCUUGUAGAUAUUUUCUCAAGGGAUCACUUUUUCAGUCACUAACACAACCUUAUAUCCCCUACCACCCCUGCUGCUUUUCGAAAUGUGUUUCUUUUUCUGGCAGCCAUCCCUGGCUCUUGCUGUGCAGUGCUGCAAGUAAUAGCAUUUCCCAUUCAUUUCCUGUAGGGUGGAGGUGUGUGUUUCUCGUGGCUGGGGAGCCAUGCUGUUCCUGUGCUUGGCGCCUUUUCCUUUUCCAGACCUAGAAUUGUGAUCUGCUUCUGUAUAAAUAUCUAUUGCGUGAUCCACUUGUGUGUAAGGAUGAUUUUGAAAUGAAAGAACGCAAAGGUCGUCUAUAACACAUUCAGGGUUGUUUUUGUUUAAUGCAAAUCUUGCCAUACAUGGAAAGGUCCAUUGUUCCUGAGUGUGUCUGGGCUGACGUUGCCAGAUUUGCUGUAUCAAAACCUGCAGCUGGAGAAGACGCAUGGCAGGAUUUCUGCUAUUUAACUGGUCAGGAAUUUGAGUGCAUAAGGUGCAAUGCUGCUUUUCACCUGUCAGGUUCUUCUGGGAGAGAGGCACCUGCCCCAGUAAGAAGCAGCACUAAAAACGUAAAGGAACCCCUGACCAUUAGGUCCAGUCGUGGCCGACUCUGGGGUUGCGGCGCUCAUCUCGCUUUACUGACCAAGGGAGCUGGCAUGCAGCUUCCGGGUCACGUGGCCAACAUGACUAAGCCGCUUCUGGCAAACCAGAGCAGCGCACGGAAACGCCGUUUACUUUCCCACCAGAGCGAUACCUAUUUAUCUACUUGCACUUUGAGGUGCUUUUGAACUGCUAGGUUGGCAGGAGCAGGGACCGAGCAACGGGGGCUCACCCCGUCGCGGGGAUUCUAACCGCUGACCUUCUGAUUAGCAAGUCCUAGGCUCUGUGGUUUAACCCACAGCGCCACCCGCAUCCCUAAGAAGCAGCACUAACCAGAGCUAUAAAUCCGGUCCUACAGGAUGAAGGGCUGGAGCUCAGGUCUAGAGCAUCUGGAGAGAUGCUGCCAGUCAGUGCAGGCAGUGCUGAACUAGAUGGACGCAACUAGUAACUGACUCAGUAUAAAGCAGCUUCCUAUGAAUUUUUCUUGCCUUUCUGUCCCAUUGAUAGCUUCAGAGUGUAAAAUGAUCAUGUGUCUGUACUUUAAAUGAAAGAACAAGGGGUAAUCUAAAAACUCCUGUUUUCCGCUAUGCUUUAGGCAGAACCCCUCCUCUCAUAAUCUGUGGUAACUGUGCCUAAGCACUUGUAACAGAAUCAAUCACAUAUUCUUCCCCUGCUGUCCACUUCCUUCCUUCUGUUGGUGCUGCUGUGGAGAAUUUUAGAUUGUAAGCUCCUUAGGGGAAGGGACCUAACACUCCUGUGCAUUGUAAAAAGUACCUGCUGGCUAAUAGCACCAUAUAAAUAAUAAACCAUAAAACAUUUUGGGUUGUGUGCGGUUUAGUAAUUAUCCAAAUCCUUCAUGAGAAAGACUGGGAAGGAUCACAACAGGAUCCUAGUGUGCUAUCUCUGUCUUUUCAGGUUUAUUGUCAAACACUUUGAGCAUUCUGGAAAACGGCUGUAGAUAUGGGGGUGGUAUUCAGCCAAGUCCUACUCAGAGCAAGCUCACUGAAAUUAACAAACCUAAGCUAGUCAUGCCCACUACGUUCAGUGGGUCUACUCUGAGUAGGGCUAGCCUUGAAUACCACCCAUGUUAUUUAACACAUUUACCUGCAAGGAGUACAAGAUUUAAAACAACCACCACCCAGAAGUUCAGGGGUGGGGUGGGGAAACCACAACAAAAUCGUUUCAACAAACUCUAAAAGCAAUGAAACCACCUUUACAAGUUCUAAAAGAAAAGGAAAAAGGAAAAAAGAAAUAAAAAGGUAUGCCAUGUCCCUUAUGAUUAUUGUUUGAAUUGCUUCUGUUUUAGGCCCAUUUACCUUUUGCCGUGAUUGGCAGCACAGAAGAAAUCAAGAUAGGGAACAAAAUGAUGAAGGCCCGGCAGUAUCCCUGGGGGACGGUGCAGGGUAAGUGAUGGCUCUGGCUGUGGUGAUGUUUUUUACCCAGACCAGAGUUGCUAUUGAUGUGUGCAGAACAAUGAACCUACGUAAAAGUAGCAGGAAUUAGAGACAUCUGGAAAAAAACAGGUCCAGCCAGAAUUGUAGUUGGUGGGAUGAUAUUCAUGAGGCAGACAGGUAGCCCUUCCUGCCAGUAAAAUUCUGUUUAUUUUAAAAUGAAUAUAGAAAACCCCAGAGCCCUUUGUUUGUAGUCCAGCCAUUUUCUUGCUAGGUUCCCAGAUUGCUUGUUCGCUGCACCUCAAUACUCAAGUAUGGAAUAAAUGGGAAAAUCCUGAUCAAGUGGAUGUUUUAAUUUUUUUUUUUCUGGGCCUCACUUCUGGAUUCCGGCCUCACAAAAGUGAUGCAAUGUUUCUUGAACCUCUGGUGGGUAAUUCCCCACAAUACUACAUACAGGCCUUAUCCCCUGCUAUGUUGUCUAAGCCUCACUCACAGAGAUAGGAAAAGGUUCGAAAUACACAAAUGGAGAAGAUCGAAGUGUUUUUAUGUGUACUGCGUAAAUGCCUAUAUGAAUAGAUGACUGGCAGCCAGCUGUACUUCCCCAUAAAAAAACGAAAGCACCCACUGGCCCGCAAUUCUGUGUGGGAACAAAAUAGCAUUGCUUUAUCCCCAUGACAACCCUGUGGGUGAAAAUGGUUUAUUCUUUGCAUUGGAAGAUGGUGUGGAAAACCAGUUCAGUAUCAGAUGGGAAUAAAGUGUUGUAGCAUGUCACUUCAAACUUUAUUUCUGUGGCUAACCCUGGAAAUACGGGGCCGGGCCUAGCAUGUUAGAGUAUGCCAUUCCCUAACUAACAAUGGUUUCCCUAAGCAUGGCUACCACAGCCAGGCCCUACACAUCUGGCAACGAUGAGAAAUUACUCCAGGCCAGAGCUUCAACAUCUAGUAAACUACAAGGACUUAUAUAUAGCAUUUCCACACCAUUAACCCCUGUGAUUGGGUGGCAACAUGCUGGCCAAGCACAGUACAAAACUGGGAAACCAGAAUUCUCUUUUUACAUUUGGCUGAAUAACAGAGCAGAGCGACUGCUGCACCAGUCUUAGCCAAGAUGAAAUCCUCUCCUGACGUGGUUCUGGUUCAUCCUUGGUUUCCCAAAUAUUUGGGAGCCGUUGCUAGGUAGCAGUGGGAGCUGCCUUGCAGCCCUCAGUUUAAAGAUAAAUAGCUAUAAGAAAGAUGAGCAGGAGAGACCUUGAAGUUGCUCACCAGUAGUUAGCAGACACAGGUCACUAGGUUGCUGUGAGAUGUAUUUCUAUUUGAAUUAUAGCAAUUCUUUCUAAAUUUGCACAUAGAAAUUAUCGAUACAUACGUGCUCCCUCUUCUCAUUUUCUGAUGACGUACUAGCAGCCACCUAGUCAUUGCCAAUGUUUCAGUUGUACUUACCUUAAGCUAAAUCCAUCUAGCUGUCUUACAGGGUACUGAUAAUGUAGGUGAUGUUAUGGAGAACACCCAUAGUGAAUGCUGCUGAAAAUAAGUGCCAGUAAGAGCUGAACUGAGAGAGAAAACUUUUCUGGGGUUUACUGUGGGUGGGUAGACUUUUCUGGAGUAAUAAUCUGUUUAUGUCUAAGAAUGUUUUGAAAUAUUACGGCUAUUAUAUACCAUUUCCUCCCUGUUCCUCUAUCAUCCAACUUUUGCCACCUUUCCAUGUUUUCUCCAAGUUUCUGGUUUGGGGUUGUUGUUUUUUGGGGGUUUUUUUUGAGCACUGUAUAGGCUUCACUGUACCAGUUCUCUUUCCCCUCAAGGGGAGGUUCAAACUUCUUAUUUCCUUAACUAUGGAGGACCCUGUGUAACACAUGCUUAGAGCCGCCUGCAUUCAAGUGGCCCUUCCUUUUUUUACCAUGAACAGUGGAAAACGAAGCGCACUGUGACUUUGUGAAGCUAAGAGAGAUGUUGAUCCGUGUCAACAUGGAGGAUCUCCGUGAACAGACACACACGCGCCAUUACGAGUUGUACCGGCGAUGUAAACUGGAGGAAAUGGGAUUUAAGGACACUGAUCCAGACAGCAAGCCAUUCAGGUAUACAGGCAUCCCCCCACUUACGGCCAUUCCACUCGUGGUGCGACCGCGUUUACGCACGGCGGCGAAAUAAAUAAAUAACUUGAACCAGAAAGUGGAUCCAAAACAGUGUGAAAAGAGCAGGACAGAGCUGGAGAGUGUGGGGAGGGGGGACAGCUUGCAUUGCUGCUCAGAGCGUCUCAUUGCCCCCACUCAUUCAUCCUCCUUGACUUUCUUCUUCCUUGGCCUGCAGAGCCAUCACUCUCUACUCAACCUGCCCAUCCCUUUGCUUGUUCUCUUUUUCAGUUUUGUUCCUUGGGCAGGAGCUGAGAGACCCUCUGCCCUCUGGCCGCUGCUGCCCCCAAAGCAAGCAGCAACAUUAUUUCUUGGGUGGGGGAUGGCGGAGAAAUAAAUAAAAACAAACUGUCUCCAGCAGCUUCCAAGACUUAACAGGGAGAGUGCUGAGAGGCCCUGCAGUGGCACUGGGCACUGGGAGCCACCCAGUCAAUGGCCCAUUGGACCCACUGACCUCUAGCUCAGUCUUCCGGUCACUGGAGGCAGGCGGGUCACACACAUGCAUGUGCAAGGGCGCAUCGCCACCCAGGGAAGGUGGGUGUGAUGGAUGGGAUUUGCUGAGAGAGAGAGAGAGAGAGACUUCCCAGCCUCUCUCAACAGUGUCCUCCCCACUUUACACUAUUUCACAUAUACGCACAGCAUCUGGGAACGUAACCCCCGCAUAAGUGGGGGGACGCCUGUAUUUCACCAGAAUAUUAUUACUAGGCAUUGGUGAGAAAUGUCUUGAAAGGAACACUUGUCCACUUAGAAAAUAUUAAAUGAACAGUGCCAACGCUUUGUUAAUUGGCCAUGGAACACAGGGAGGAACACUAAAUUUUGGGUUUAGUAGUGUGUGUCUGGAACAUAUGUCCUGUAACAAAUUUUGACAUUCAAAGAAUCUCGUGUCAUGUUUUUGAAAAUUUAGUUUGUAGUCCUCAUGGCUUUAGUGAAGUGUUUGGAAACAUAUAUGGACAGUGUGUAGAAAAAAGCUUCAGUGUCAUGUGCCAUUCCUUGCAUUCCAUGGUUUCUGAUCUCUCCACGUCCUUAAAAUCUCUUCCAUCUAUGCUGUCUCGAUCUUAAAAACACCUUAAAAUAAUUUGAAGCUGCAAACAAUUGAAGAAUAAUAAAUUGUUCACAGCAAAUAGGCAAGAGAGUUACUCAACCUUCCUUUCUGAACACAGAAUUUUAGAUUCCCUCAGAGGGAAUUUGAUUAUUGAAAGAUUAUUUCAUUCUUGUCACAAGGAGGUUUGUUGCAGUGAGAAGAAACUUACCAGCCUCAGUUUACCAAAGGUUUUUAAAGUUCCCCCUUUUCAACCUUGAAGUCUAGAAACGUGCAGCAUUUAAUUUUAACAAAAACCUAAGACACGGCGUUUUGAGAUUUGAGGUCCUGUUUCACACAGUUCAGCAUUAUCACAGCAAUGCAUAUUUGUAGACUCUUGCGGCAUUAGUAGGUUUCUGGUUGCGUGAGUGGGAAACAAAAUUUGAUCCUUUUGCUUUCCCUGUUCUGUAUCUCUCUGAAAUGUUUCUUUUAUCUCCUCAUCCUCCAUCCUGUCACCUUAGUUUACAAGAAACCUACGAGGCCAAAAGGAAUGAGUUCCUGGGAGAGCUGCAGAAAAAGGAGGAGGAAAUGCGGCAAAUGUUUGUGCAGAGAGUUAAGGAGAAAGAAGCGGAAUUGAAAGAGGCUGAAAAAGAGGUUAACGUGAUAACUUUUAUUGACUGUGUUCUCUGAUUUUUGGCUUAAACUGUGUGUGUUGUUAAGGUUAACUGUAACCAGGGAGGUUUAUUUCUGCAGAUUAAUCAAGGCUAACUAGUGCUAAUUUUUUCUUUUUAUUCUAAAAUAUACAAAUCAAACAAAAUUAAUAUAAAAUGUAUUCUAUAUCAAUCACAUAAUUUUUGUUAUUGGUGUAAUAAAACUAGCACUAUUUUAUCAUCUCACAUUUGUUGGUUCACUUCCACACCAUGGCACGCUUGUGUAUUUUAAAGUUAACAGCUGAAAACUUAUCCAUGUAACCAGUGUUUUAGGAGUCUCCCAGGCAAGGACCUAGCAGCAGACUCCUGGAAGACUAUCCCUCACUAUAAAUAUGUUGUGUCUUCAGUUAUGUCUAAUUUAGUUUGUGUGGGGGUGGGGGGCAGAGAGUAAGCAAAGGAAAAAAUCAACACUAUAUCAGUGGCAGCAAUAGGAAGAAAUAGGUAUUCAAUAGGUUGAAUAAUUUCUGAUUUUGAAAGCAGGGCUAUUUGCUCACCCUCUCACAUUCCUAUAAUACUACAUGCAUCUUCUCCUGAUUUUCCUCUCGAUCUUGCUACAAAACCCUUUUCUCAUUGUCUACCUGCUUUGCUUUUCCUGGCUUCUACUGGAAAGAAAUAUACCAUGGUCUCUGGCAUAGCAUUUUGUUUGAACUUGUGAUCAUGUGGUACAUGCUUUUGCUCCCAAGAAAUCAUAGUCUGUAAUCUAAGAACAAUCCUCAGCUACAGAUUGUGCUUGGUUGGGGAUGAAACAAACCAUGAUUCCUAGUUCAGAUGUAACUAAGUUAGGGUUUGUGAUUUGUUUCUUCUUGGUAUGAGCUGAGAGCAGCAAAGCAGGCAUGACUUCACUUGUGCACAGAAAGCAAGCCAUGGCUGUGACAGAAGUGGGGAAUCUCUGCCUUGUGGGCCAAAUUUGGCCCACUAUGGGUCACAGCUUGGUCCACGAAACCGUUUCUCCCAAACAACCCACCUAAUACCGUAUGUGACAUCAGUUAUGGAGCAGGUUGGAACAUGUAUGGAUUGGCUGCCCAACAGAGUCUCAGUUGCGCAGCCUAUCACAGUAAAGGUGUUCACACUGCUGAAUUGGCUGCAUGACAGAGUUCUCCUUGGAGAACUCAGCCAUGAAGCCAAUCCCUGCAGAAAACAGCUGUGCCAGCCCUCUGCUUGGUGCUUUGUUGACCAUAGGGUUGGCAAAGUCUCUUCUGCUGUGGUUUCCAAGCACCCAACAGUCAUUUAGCAUAGUAAAAGGGACUGACCGGUGGGCAGGACAAUGCACCUGUCAUGUGAUUGGUGGGUUUGUCCUCUCGCUCACCUGCCUAAGUUGGCCUGCAGGGGUGGGACCAGAUAAUGAUAUGAUCCACCAGGCCAAAAGAUCCCACACCCCAGCUUAUGGCUUACUGCAAUGUGUGAACAUAGGCAUUGACUUGCUUCUCCAAACUCCUGCAAGCAGUGCAUUGGCUUUGGGAGCAUAUUCUUGGGUGUACAGUCUCUUCAUGAAUAGCACUGGUUGCAGAAUUACUAGGUCUUGUGGUUGCCUUGUGCAGAGUAUACCCUCAGCACUCCAUUGUAGCUUUGCAUUCUGUAGAGAAAGCAGUAGCAGUGGGCAAGCUGUCUUUCAGGAACAUCAUCACUGAUUUCCUUUUUGAGGAUCCCCAUGGUAGGUUUAUGAGGAACCUGAAGGCUCCCUGCAGCAUAGCUUUGAAAUCUCUUACGCCAAGCAUCUAUCCCCCAGCUCCCUGUUUUUGCACUCAUGCAUAUUUUUACCCUGGGCUUCCAUUCCAGUUGCAUGAGAAAUUUGACCGCCUGAAGAAGCUGCACCAGGACGAAAAGAAGAAAGUGGAGGACAAGAAGAAAUCCCUGGAUGACGAAGUCAACGCAUUUAAGCAGAGGAAGACGGCGGCCGAAUUACUCCAGUCUCAGGCUCAGCAGGCGGGAGGCUCGCAAACUCUGAAAAGGGACAAGGAGAGGAAGAAGUAAGUUGGUUUUCAGUUGGGUGGCAUUUUGCCUCAUCAUUUUCUCCCACCACUGCCCUUGCCUUGGCUUUGCUCAGCCCCUGGCCUGAGUACAGGCAAGGGUUUGGGACAGUAUGGUGGGAGACUACAAUGUUCUACCUCAAACAGUUGUCGCUAAAAGUGUUUCCCCUGCCCCACAAGUCUUUGGCCCACCUUGAUUUCAUGCUGGCAAAAGCUAGACAAGUGAAAGGCCUAUCAGGAAAACCUAUUCCUAUAGCACAAGUCUAGGCCUGUGCUAGCAUGCAGGAAUCACCUGACAACAAGUUGUUUUUUUAUAUGCUGACCGCUGUACAGAGGCCACAUUUUAAUUAUUCCAUGGGGCAGCAGUGUCUACAUCUUAAUCAGCUCACCCCAUUGGCAGGGAUCCUAACCUUUUUGGCAUAUCCUUUAUUUUCACUUUGUAUCAAAUUGAACUGGUUGCCGCUCGUCAUCACCAAUGGCAGGCAUAUAGGGCUUUCAUCACAGACGUGGAGGGAUACAGCAACACUUCAUCAUCUAGCCUUCAACUUCAGUACUUUAGGCUUAGGUACGUUGCUCCAUUCCAGUGCUUGAAUCACAGGGACAAAGGUAGGGAGCCUUUAAAAAAGAGGAGGGGAACCUGUGGCCCUCCAGAUGUUGAUGGAUUACAGUACACAUCAUUCCUUUACCACUGGCCAUGCUGACCAGGACUGAUGGAAGUUAAGAGUCCAGCAACAUCUGGAGGGCCACAGAGUUUCCAACCUUGCCUGGUAAAAUCUAUCCUCUUAGUCUUCUAAAUGGUGCCAGAAGUUAAGAGGGAUCAUUCCUCCCCCUAAUUUGAACAUUGCUCGAGUUGUCAUAUCUUAAAUUUGAAGCAGUUUACGCAUGUAGAUCAUGAACAAGCCCUGCAAGUUGCUUUUAUGUCAGGUUUUUUUCUUUUAAAAAAAUACAGGGUGUAAAAUCAAGAUCUGAUCACUACCACCCCACUUUCAUUUUUGUUUUUGGUGCACUCAGUUGCCUUCAUCUUCCUUAGUUGCCAUUUGUAUGCUAUUUUUACAGUUAACCCUGCCGUUUGCUGCAUGGUGCAUGAGGGCACGUUGUGCUGGUAAGCUUGACUAAAUGAAAUAGCCAUUGCAGUGGGAUCCGAAUGGGCACUUUGUGCAAACAGACACAAUGUAUUCUGAACCAGCAGUUUGGCCUCUAGUUGAUCCAGCAAUCCCAGCAUAUACACACUCUCCAGUUAUGUGAACUGCCCUCAGAUCUUCUGAUGAAGGGCAAUAUACAAAUCUUAAUAAUAAUAAUAAUAAUAAUAAUAAUAAUAAUAAUGUGUCUGCCAUUUUUUUCCAAGAAGCAAAGGGCUUUUUAAUCCCCUCCUGUCCAGCAUGAACCGGCCACAAAACCUGUCUUUUAAGUUCUUAUGUACUCCUGUUACUUACACAUUUUUUUUGUCUUUGCUUGACUUCUUCAUAGCCUAAGGUGCAGUGGUGUGGUGACGGUGGGGAUUUCAACAUGUCUCUUUUUCACAUAGGAAAGGAUUAAUAAGCCUAUUGCCCAUAUAACAAUCCGUGGAACCAGCAUUUCCUGCCUUUUCCCUCUUGCUCUACUUCAGAGUUGUGACCCUGUUAAAAAAACACAACUAGUUGCUGGGUAGAGGUCAACAUUAGGGUCCCACAAUAAUUUACCCUCCUGCCAGCCAAGCUGCUAGCAAGGAAGCAUGCACUCUUAACAGUGCUCGUGUUCAGUAUGGCAUCUUGUUUGAAUCUAAGCUGCCUUCGUGCUGCUAUUUGUUUUGUUUCCCCUGUCUGGCCUGGUAUGUAAUUUGAAUGGGAAUUAUUCUGGGUUAAAUGUGCUUUAUCCUGAACAAUAAGCAUACAGAACAAAAGGGAGGGACGCAAGUGGUGAGAUGGGAAAACAAUGGUUUGGUCUUCAAGACUUGAAAAAAUAAGCUCAAACAAUAGGAGUGUUUUAUGUGGGGCCUGAGAACAUAUCUAGGGGCUGGAGAGUAGCAGGAGUAAACAUUGUGUGUUCUUGUUAGCUCUGGAUUGUUUUUGGCAGGCUGCCAUAUGCAAGACUGUGGCGUGCUGGUCAGUGGCUCAAAUAGGCCUUCUUCUUUCUUUCUUUUGUUCCUAAGACAAUUUGCAAACAUGCCCUUUCUGAAUGGGAGCAUUUGUCCUUGCCAAGUGCAAUAGCCAAAAAUCCUGUUCAACGAUUCACAAAACACUUUCCAGUAUUGAUUUGGCCUGAAAAGCCUUGCGUGGCUUCCUCAUUUUUGCCAGAGCAUAAACAAUUUGCAUCUAAGUGAACAACCCCGCUGCAAUCGGCUGAAAACUCAAAGGCUGCAUUCAUGCUACUGUGUCUUCAAGCAUGUUUAAGUAAAAUUAAAAACCAUAUUAAUGUGUGUGUUUUCCCCCUCCCUUCUGUAAAUGAGGGACCGGGGUGGGCAGUGCACAGCCACAGGCUACAUAAAUGUGGGCACCCAGAUUCUUUGGUAUUGCAUAUAUUUUGCUUGCAUAUUUGGAACCCCAGAUUUAAACAUCAGUUUUAAAUAUCUAGUCCACUUGACAAUGUGAUGUCAAUAUUUAUGAGCUCAAUGGCUCAGGAACCAGGCAGUUAAACACUGGCUCAAAUUCAUUCUUUUCUGUUGAUCUCUGCCUGUUAUUGAAGCUGUUUCUUCAUUUCCAAAGACAAUUAUUUAACAUACAAACAACCUUGUUUAGAUUAUUCAUGUUCAGUUUCAGAACAGAAGUAUCACAAUUUAUAUAGCAAUCAUUGAAAUUCACCAUGUUGAUGUAAUAAUGAGCAAAUUGCAUGUAAUAUCCAUGCAAACGACCUCUAUGUCUCAUUUGUUUCCAUUGUGGCCAAAGUACGGUAUGUUGCCCACCCCUGUUACAACCAUAUAUAUUUUAUUAACUUCCUUUUAAUCCAGAUAAACAUUAAUCCUUUUUCUUUUUUUUCAUUUUCAGUUCAGGUUUCCUGUAGAUCCUAUUCUUUUGCUCCAGAAACGACCACCCCGCAUUUUGAAUUAACAUGCAGUGCAUUUCUGUACCCACCUGUCCAUCUCCUCCCCACUGCACACACCCCCCUUUUUGCUUUUGUUUUGCUUUUUUCCUAAACACAAAAAAGAGGCUGUUUUGGUGAAGAACUCUUUGGCAGUCACUUCUGUGGAGCUGAUAAGAAAGGCUCUGAGUACUUUUCUGUCUUAGUCAGAAGCUUGCAGGACCGAUGUCCUAAGAAUUUCUUUGUCGGCAUCUCAUUAAUGCAUUGAUGCGUGCUUCUGCAUGAUAGGGCAGCAUGUUGGCUUACUACUUGUUCUGCAAUGCCUGAGCCCUGUUGCAGACUCUCUAAGAAAGGCAAAAAAAAAAUUGUGUGCAAAAGAUUCCUUUUCCCACACCUCACCUUUUUAGCUGCAGAACUUGUCACAGAGGCCUGAUGAAAAAAAGCCUCAGGGAUGUGAGUCCCCAUCUGCACUAUACAUUUUAAUCAGUAUCAUGUGACUUUAAACGGGUUGUCUGAUGGGACCCAAAGAGUUCAUCAUCAUCCUGGAAAAAUGUGACCCGCGGGGUGCUUCAAGGUUCUGUCCUUGGGCCUGUUGUUCACAUCGAGAACUAGGCCAGGUAAAUAGACUGAUCCUAUAACAUGUUUACUAAGAAGUCCUGCUGAAUUCAGUGGAACUCAGCUUCUUAGUAAGCAUGGUUUGGAUAGAAUUAUUUUAUCUGAACAGAAUUCCCACAGCUUUCUUUCUAGGGACGUGGGAGGCCCUUUAUACGAAGUCAGACCAUAUCCUAAACCUGUUCACUGGCAACCCUUUCAUUUCAAUGAAGCUUGCUUCAAAUCUGGUAUUGCAGGACUAUCCCCUUAAAUCUGAUUAAAUUUAAGUAUUUCGCCUUAAACAUCAACUAUAUUUUAGAAAUGUGACUUCUUCUCAUGCUUUAUAAUUAGUUUGGAAAAUAGUAAGUAUUUUUCCUUCCCAAAAGUUGAAAAGAACCAUAUAUUCAAUUUUUUAAAAAAUAUUCUUCAUUUUUACUAAAAUUUAUUGAAAGCUUUAUUUUUAUACUGGAAGGUUUUGUUUAGAAGUUUCACCCUUUGGAAAAAGGAAAUCUGAUUUGUUUUUUCAGAGCCUGCAGUUUUUUACAUGUAUUUCACUUUAAUUUGGUGGGGAGAGUUACAUUUUUAAAGUGAGAGUUCAAAGGGUUCAGAUAAUGGUGAAAUACUAAAAUCUGUCUAAUUUAAAGAAAUAUAAUAUGAGCUAAUGAAGCAGAAAAAUAUAGCAUAAGAAUACUGAGAAAAAAUUAUGGUCUGGCUUAAUAUUCAUUCUCCCCCCCCCCCCAAAAAAAAAUAAUAAUCCUGGAAACCAUAGUUCUAUAUGGAAUAGAGGUAUUUGGAGGGGAAAGCCAUUUUGGAUUAGAUGGUAUGCAACUGAUGUAAGUUGAUAGUGUAGAUGUGACCUCAUAUGUGUCACCUUCAACACCAAAAAGAGCAGGUUGUCUUCCUUAAAUACACAAGUGAGGAAGCUUUCAUGACAGCAUUUCAUCUCUGUUUUGGAUUUGCAGCAACCCCAGCUGCCUGAGCACCUGUUUCUAUUUGAUGGCAUCAGUUUCAGUUUCAGCAAUGGAAUCAGACUACUUGUGAGGGAGGGUGAGGUCCUUUAGCAGUAAAAUACACUUGUGUCCCUUAGCUUUCUCCCUUAGGAAUACCCCCCCACACACCUCAGGAUGCAAAAGUUGGCUAUCCCUGAGACAAACAGCUAAAAGAAGCUAUAAUCUGAUUACAGUGCUUCUGUGUAGACUCCCCUUCUCCUGGAAACUUGCAUGCACGACCCCAUUAUCCUUAAUUGGAUUUCUAGACAAACAUGUACACUUAGAAUCAGACUUAGAAUUAGUCUUGGAUUACAAAGUACUUACUCAGAAGUGAAAUCUUUGCACUGAAAUCUUCAGGUCCCCUUAAAUGUAACAAAAUGUCUAUCUUUGUGUUGCUUUGUUACAGUCUAUAUUUUUUAUGGAAAACUUUUUUUAAAAGAAUAAACUUCUUUCGUACAAUAAUUCUGGUUAAUACUUUUUUUUGUUUUUUUUUGUUCUUUUGCCCUUCUUUUACAGUAACCCAUGGCUGUGUACUGAGUAAUUUCCCUUGAGUACAUGGGGCUGGAAUUGGACCUUCACUUAUUUAAUACGCUUCCGUUCAGCCAUGGUCUUCUCAUGAUGCUUCCACCAAUGUGUUAAUCUAGAUGCAUAUUCUACAUUAAUCAGUAUCUGAUUUAUUUUUAUUUUAUUUUUGACUGUAUAAUGGUGUGUGUUUGUAUACCAUGUAAAGUAACACUAUAGAGUUUGAAGACGCUGUGGAAUUUUUAGGAUACCAACCUUGCUGAUAAGCCCCCACCCCAAAGGUACUAGCCUAUUAAAAAACACAUUUUUACUAGCAUGUUGGAGGCUAGCUUCCAUCCUCUGGCAGCUGGCUUGGCCUCUGUGCUGAGGGGAAAGUAUUCUACCCUUCUUUGCCAGGCCAUCCACUCAUCUGAUUGCAGUUUCUUAUCACCUGUGGCUAGCAGGCUAGUGCUUAAAUGCAAGGCUGUUCCAGGCUCAGUAAUACAGCAGUGAUGGAUUCCCUGUGCACAAUUGUCCUCUAACUUGCUUGUGCUCAUAGUCAUGUAGGGCAGGGAUGGAGAACCUGGGCAGCCUCCAGAUGUUGCUGGACUCCCAUUCCCAUCAGCCCAGCCAUAAUGGCCAAUGGUUAGGAAUGAUGGGAGUUGCAGUUCAACAACUUCUGGCGGACCACAGUUUUCACAUCCCUAAUGAAAAGAGAACUUGCAGGUAGGGACCACAAGGACUACCUACUCCCACUUGAACCCACCUGACUAUUAAGAUUAUCUUCUGAAGCCCUUCUUUGGGCCCCACCAUCAAAGGUUAGCCAAAGGAUAGGGCCUUUCUGAUUGUGGCUCCUUUCUCAACCCCAGUAUUUGGAAUCCUGUCUACAGGGAGGGUACACAUGGUUCUGAAUCUCAGUGCCUUUUCAGUACCAGGUUGUACCCUUCCUUUUUUGCUCAGGCUAGUAAGUCUGAGUCAGAGAAAGGCUGUGCUAAUAACCUUCCAAGCUAGAUAUACUAGGAGCCGAACCUGGGACCUUUUUCAUUAAAAGCCUGUGCUCUACCAUGGAGCCUGUAUGGUUUUUCCCUAACGUUACCCUGUUGUGCCCUUAUGUGCCAUUAGUGCAAGGCAGGAAAAUUCAUAGUAGUGUGAUGUCAAUACACAGGGCAACUUUUUUUGCUGCAAGAGAUGAAAAACUCCAACUACUGUCCCUUUUGGUAGUUCUUUUUUCUCAUUACAAAUAGAUCCAUUCUAGCGUAUGCUGGGAUUGAAGGAAUGACUCUGGCAUUGCUGGGUCCAAGAAGUAGCACCAGUACUGUAGAAUUACUGCAACCCCACAAUUCUGUGAAGGGAUUCCAGCAUCUUCCCUGCAAAAGUAUACUGUCCUUGAUUCCACUGAAAUUAGAAAUUAGCUUAAGAUCUCUGAAGUGAGGCUUUCCCCAAGCUUCCUCAAACAUGAGCCCUGAAACUCCACAUUCUGCACAAAUGUUUGUAAACAGACCUGCUGGAAUGUGUCUUACUGUUUUUCCUGGCUGACCAUGUCAGAAAACUGCCUUGAACACUCAGAAGCCUCUUGAGUGUGCUUCUUUCCAAAGGUGAGGAAACCAAGUAAUAGAAGCCAUGCCCAAGGCAGCUUGGGGAAUUGUGGAAAUUGGAGUCUGAAGAAGAUGGAAGGGACAAUAUCCUGCAUCAAACCAGGGGCCUUUGCAUCCUGUGAUCAUCCAAGCUUUGACCUGCUAGUCUUGGCUCACCCCCAAAGUCUGCCAAUGUGAACCUUGGUCGUCCUUGCCUUUGUAUGCCUGGAUCAAGGCCCUUGUUAUGCCACACUAUGCUUAUUUAACUCAUUACACCUCAGCUGGACCUUGUCCUGUUGUCAAGAUGUUGCAAAGGCCCUGCUUGUAAAUGUCUGAAUCCAGCAGGUGACCCCCUAUGUUCUUAACAAAAGUCCUUAGGAUGUAGUACCUUCCAAAUGUUUUUGACUCCAGCUUCCAUCAUCACUGAUCAUUGGCUGUGCCAGCUGGAGCUGAUGGGGGGUUGCAGUCCAAAGCAUCUGGAAGGCACAAGGUUGGCUACCCCCAUAUUAGUCAAGUGUGUUGCCAGACCCCGUGCCCAGCCUUACUGUGGGACUUGAGCCCCAAUUCAUGCAUUUGCCAGGGGCCAGCUCUGAACUAAUGUGGUGAUUGGGUGGCACCAGAGCUCCUCCAUUGCACCAAUGGAGGAGAGUGUUCCAUGCAAAUUGGAGCCAGUUGUGCAGACAGCCCAUAGGCCAAUACCCUUUUUCUGGGGGUUAAGAAAAGCCCCAUAAAGAGCACCUAUGAUCAGCUGUACAUGUGAAUGUCGUGAUUCACAUGAGAUGUCUUCUGAAUCUAAAGGGCCUGCUAAAUAUAAAGACCCUAAAGGGCCUGAUAUAUAUAUAUUUCCUUGAACCUUUCCAUCUGGCAAACAAAAUAGGAGUUCUUUGGUCUGUUGUUUUAAUGACUUUUGAUUUCUCCUAGCAAAAAUACAGUGCUGGUUUUUGACUGGUGGGUUGUUUGUUUCAGGACAACAUCACUAACUUUAGUUAAAGUUUGGAGUGGGGAGAACAGUUAAACAUUGUUUUAUACAGUGGUACCUCGGGUUAAGUACUUAAUUCGUUCCGGAGGUCCAUUCUUAACCUGAAACUGUUCUCAAACUGAAGCACCACUUUAGCUAAGUGCCGCCACGCUGCCACUGUGCGAUUUCUGUUCUCAUCCUGAAGCAAAGUUCUUAACCCGAGGUAAUAUUUCUGGGUUAGCGGAGUCUGUAACCUGAAGCGUAUGUAACCUGAAGCGUAUGUAACCUGAGGUACCACUGUAUACAGUAAUGGUAUCGUCGUUAUAUGUGUCAAUAUUUUUGGGGACAUUUAGCUGGUCCCACCACUUGGAAAAACAGGUAAGGUAGAACCUGAUGUGGUUAGCUUAUUGAGAUGUGAUCCUCAACUGCUGUGUACUCAGAGACAGAAGUGUGUUGAUCACACACAGCUAUAUAUUAUGGAGCAGGCACCUAGCAAGAUCAGAAGUUCCACAAGAUUUUGAACAAUAAGCAUUUUAGAGAAGUUCUGUAUGAAUGUGCAGAUGACCUCUUAGAAUAUCAAUUAAUAUUUGAAAGAAGGUUCCUUUCUUCACUGGUCAAUCACAGGAGUUGCAAAGUUACCAUUAUUACCCUUAAGCCAGUUGUUGAAAUACGUUUGAUAUUCUUCAAAUUUGUUAGGAGAUUUAAAUGCAACAGAAGGGUGCAACUCUUAACAAAAGACCCAGAUUGUGACAUGGUGAGGCCUCUUUCUCGUGGUUCAGAUGGAUGGAAGGGUUGAAAUCAAGAGAGCACUCUUAACGGCGUCAGUUAUUCCCCUGGUUAGGUUAAACAAAACAAAAAAUGAACCUGCAGCUGCAAGUGGCUGUCUUGAGAAGUGAUGCAACCCCCACAGUCAGGGUCGAAGGUAGGCCGAUCCUGAUCCAUGGGUCACAACCAAGGUUAGGGAAGAUUCCAGAUAUUUAUUGUUGAACUUCAACUUCUAUUUCUAUUUUUACUAUUUGCCAUGCCUGUACAGGCUGAUAGUUGUAGUCCCACAUAAUCUUGAAAGCUACAGGUCCCUCUUCCCUGCUGUAGGAGGGUACUCUUUUGCUGCUCCACAAAAACAAGCAAGGGCUGUGUCCAUUAAUUUCUAAUUACAUAUUGAUCUCUUCUUCCAAAAAAGCUCAAAGCAACCUACUCAUUUUACCCUUAUGACAGCCUUGUGAGGUAGGUCAGGCAACCGCAUAAGCCAGGUAUCCUUUCAGAAUGGAGAUGUCAUGGUGUGGGAGCGGUUUACGAUUUCUUCCUCCAUGAAUCCAUGUUCAAGUGCGGGGUGCCAAUGACAAAGAAAGAGUGACAAAGAAACAGUGGAGCACUCUUGGCUUUAUGCCGCUGCUUGUAGGCUUCACCUCAGAGGAAUCUGGUUGGUGCAUCUAGGGAAGAGAAAGUUGCAUUAGAUGCCUUGAGCCAAGGGGACCACUGUUGUGCUGUUUCUUAACCAUCCUAUAAAUGUUUGCACUGCCCUGAAAAGCAAACCCUCUCUUUCCAUAUAUACUUUAUUCUGCUCCCAUGCAUUUUGUUAAAAGUGUGUUUACAGUCUAACUCUACUAUAAGGUGUAUCGUGCACUGUGUCCAAAUAUUUAACAUGCUUGAACUCUUCUGAUGCAUCAAUGCUGCUUUGUCUGGGGCCCCAAUGGUAGCACGAGCAUUGAUCCAUUCAUCUGUCGUCUUGCUCUCUCUCUCAAUUUAAUUGUGUGUGGGAUCUGUUUUUUCUCUGCUUGUUCUUUGAAUGCUUCUUCCACCCCUCCUUGCAUUUAAUUGAUGAUUUGUGUUUUUUUCUCUCUCCCCCCCCCCCGCCUCUCUCUCUUGCUUUCUUUCUCUAGCUUUUUCUGAUCUGUCUCCACCCGCUGCUCUAUAUCUGAUGGAGAAGAUUUCCACUUGAGGAAGAGUUUAGGAAUUCCCAUCCUGUUUGGGAGGGGGAGGAAUGAAUAAGUCUUUGGAUAUCUGGAAAGACUUGGUUUUGUUUUCCCGUUUUUUUCUGAUGUGCAUGGGGUGUGUUUAAAGCUGAGGUGUUUUGUGGUUUUCGCUGCAAGACAGGGAGAAUAUUGGAAAGGCAAACAUCUGUGUAUCAGUUAAAAGCUUUGAGGAGCAACCUAAAGGUGGCAGGCAAAUUAUUGAUGUAGCCAAGUGACACUGAGACAGAUUCUUUUUUUUUUUAAGCAAAGUAUUUCCUUUCUAUUUUGCCUCAAUAUAAAUAUGAUGGGUGGUUUAUAAGUAUCUGUGAAAAAAAAUGUGCUAAUUCGUUGGUUUGCUUGGAUUAAAAACUAAACAAAAACUUUAAAAAUACAAGUUUUAUGCAAUGAACAGCAAACAGAGAAACACGCGACUUUGCUACCUCUUGAGGAAUAUUUAAUUUUAACACUGAAGCAAAGGACAGUGCGGGAGGGGUUGGGGGGGAAGUAUAUUUUUCAUUGGGGUCAUAGAUAACCUCUGCCAUUUCGGAAAAAAUAAUAAUCAGGUUGAUUGAGUAAUAUUUCUCAUUUAACUUUUUUUUUUAAUUAAAAAAGGUCCACUAAAGUUUCCACAGACCCUAGCGGUUGAGGAAGGACUGUGAGCCAGAAAGCACACCAUUUAUACAUUUUCACUACAAGGAUAGCCUUAAGCAAACUACAUAUUCUUCCAGCCUCAGCUGUCCACCCUCCUCCAGUCUGAGAAUAAUCAAGCUUGCCCACCUUGCAGUCAUGUUGUAAGGAUUACCACGGUAAAAUAUGUGAAGUGUUUUCUGAACACUGGGGGAGGGGGAAGCAUUUUAGUAAAGACUUAAGUAUUAUUAACCAUGAUUAAUUUAAUCCCCGUAGUUCAGCCCUUCCCAGACGUCUUCUGGGUUACAAACUGACUUUUCUAUUGUCGAUAUCAAGGUUGUGGAGAAAUUUGUCUGUAAUUGGUCAUCUGUUUCUUUAAAAGUUAUCAUGCAAGUCAAGUGUUAACUGCCCUUAAUAAUGCAUUUUCCGAGCACUCUUGGAACUUUUCUGGAACGUUCACUGCAUGGGGGUCUGUUUCCCAAUACCUUGUUCUCUUGUCUUUUCUCUCUAUUUUUUGUUUUUGGUCUCUCUACAAACAAGAAUUGUGAUUUGACAGCUGCACUCAGUAUCUAUUUACAUGACCCACACGAAAGAACCAGCACUGUUGAGCUUGAUACCUUUCUAAUGUUGUCAAUUUUCAAUAAAAAGUAACCCUCCCAAAAAAAAAAAAAGAA